AUGGGGAUGGCGCCGGAAAACGGCAAAGCGCCCAGGAUUGGGAACACCUGCUCCGCGAGCGUCUUCUGUAACAUCAAGGUAAGGGGUCCCCCGGUGCAGCUUUGCUGCUUGGGGGAUGGUGCAAUGGCUUGUUUUUCAUUCAUUACUUUGAAUGAAACUGUGUGUAUUUUUAUGUUCGGGCUCUUUUUUGGAGUUCGUCUUCUGUAGCGCACGAGUACUGCCAGUCAGUCCGACUCCCGGUGCCAAGGAAGCGCUUGCACUCAGAGCGACCUCCGAGCGCAUUUAGGUAGAGACUGGACCGGGUUCAUCUCAUGGUCGUGGAUUCCACUGACAGCAAUCUGUUUCAGAUUUAAAUUCCCAGAGUUGGAUGCAAUCCUGUGCCCACUUACCCAUUGAACUAGGUGGAAUGUAAUCCUGAGCAGCCCUGCAUAGGAUUGCACGGUUGAGGCUGCAAUACUGUUUGCAUUGUACUACGCAACCCUGACUAUAGGAAAACCAUGUAAAUUGCACCGGUUUUAAGUUACCCUAUUCCAAACUCUGGGAGGAAUUUGACCUGCAAUUCCCUUUUUGCCAGCUAAAUUCUGCUGACUUGCCAGGUCAUGAGAUGGAUUGAAAGGGAUUUGGAAUAGCCUCUCCUUGCCCUGUCCCAUCCCUGCCACACACCCUUUUUUGGACUUAAACCAGCAUAAAUUAUGUUGAUUUAAAUUCCACUGGUUGAACUCCAGGUUUGGAUUGUGUGUAAGCCUCACUGAAUUACUUAUGGGUGAACAUGGAUAGGACUGGGGAAUAAGGCUGCAGUUUAAUGCACACUUACUUGGGAGUAGUAAGCCUCGCUGAACACAGUAGGACAUAUCUCUGAAUAAACUUGCAUAGGGUUGUGCUAUUAUUUUGCAGUCCUGUGCACACUUACUUGAACUAAAUGCUAAAUAAUUAAAUGACCAUUAUUUUUGAGUUAAACAAACACUGAAUAUAUUGCUCCGGUUGCAACACACUCUGGAUAGGGAUCAUAAAGUGGCAAAUAAAUUCUCCAUUGUACCUGUAACCAACAUUUAUAGUGCUCUCCCUUCCUCAUUGACAAAUGUCUGGCUUUAUUUACCUGCACCUGAGUGCUUUCACCCCAAUCCACAGAUUUGUUAACCUGGAAAUCAGUGGGAAUUGAUUUUUAACUCAAAGACCAUGUCUUGGAUGGUGCUGUAAAUAAUUGCUUCUCCUCUGGAGUGGAAGCCAUCCUUACUUUUGCCGUCUGGAAAUCUUGAUGUUACUUGGUGUUGCUCUUUUAAUCCUUCCUCUUUUACCUCUCCCCUCCCCUGAUUAGAGAUGAUACUCUGUAAAUGGAUGAACCUUGUCUCUUGAACAUGUGUGCAUUUCCCUGCCUCAUAUGUGAGUAAUAAUGACACUCAGAAGUACCGUAUUUUUCACUUCAUAAGGCACACCUGUCCAUAAGGCGCACCUACUUUUUGGGGGGAGAAUUCAAGAAAAAAAUAAUGCGGCUCUUGGGGGCUUUUGCGGGAGGUGGGGGAAGUGAGAGAGCCACGCUCUGUCCCUUCCCCCACCUCCCGCAAAAGCCAGGGAUAGCCACGCGAAGCCUCCCCAGGGCAGCGGGAUGAAGGCUCCCUGCUGCCCUGCGGAGGCUUUGCGGGCUACCCCAAAGCUGCUCAGGAGUUUGACGGGGCUGGUGGGGGAAGCCCAGCUUUCCCUCACCCCCAUCCCCAAAGAGCAGGUUGGGGCUGGUGGGGGAAGCCCAGGUUCCCCCCCCCAGCCCCAGGGGUCACACAUUCCCUCCAUAAGACGCACAGAAAUUUCCCCUUAGAUUUUAAGAGGAAAAAAGUGCGUCUUAUGGUGCGAAAAAUACGGUAAGUAGCGGUCGUUAUUGCAUGCUGUUGCCUAUCCAGGAGAUUGAAGGAUGCUGUCUUUGCAGAGGACAGUCUGGCUUAGCAGCAUAUUCCUCUUGCUAAGAGAAGUAGGGCAGCUGCUAACCAGCUGGGGAAAGAAGUAUAGCAUCUGAUCCCCUUCCUUAGCAGUCGGUGGCCACCAAGGAAGUUCAGAAAUGAGAAAAGGAAAUAAAAGCGAAGCACAAUGGCUUUAUCGAGAGGGAGGUCUUGAUACAGUGCUGUGGGGCAUGCUGUGUUGAAUGCGUGUUUUGCACUUGAGUAUUUUUUGUAACUGGGAGGGGAAAAGGAGCUUUGUGGGGCAAUCUGAUUUGGGACCAUGCUGUGGAUAGGGAAUUCUAGGCUCAGGGCAUGAUGAUCUUAUUUGGGGCGGGGGGGACACUCUCUCUUUAGAUGGGAAUGUAUACUAUUUGGCUUUGGUUGGACAGUAUUGUCGAAGCUACUAACAUGAGUUUGACCAAGCUGCGGGAGGCAGUGGAAGACAGGAGUGCCUGGUGUGCUCUGGUCCAUGGGGUCACAAAGAGUCGGACAUGACUAAAUGACUAAACAAGAACAACUAUUUGGCUUACUUCUGCAUUAGGGGGCCUUCCUGAUUAUUCUGCUGAAUGGAGACCUGGUCUUUUGCCCCAAAGUCCUGCCUUGAUGGCACCACUUACGAGAGCAGGAGGGAGUUAACCCCCUCCUGCACAUUAUGGUCCUGGUGAAAAUUGCUCCCUCAGGUGCUGUUUACAAGGGGAAGGAAACUGGUACUGGUGCAGUUAGCAGCUCCCCCUCCCCCGCCCCAGGGCAAAUACAUCACAAAACAGGGAGGGGAAGGAUUAAGUGCUUCCAUUUUGGGCCCCCCCCAUGGCCCUUGUCCGGAUCUUUCCCCCACCAUUUGACUGCUCAUUUUGAUGGCACAAGUGCAACCCAUGCAUGUAAUGUAGUGUGUAGUUUGGCACCACUGCAGCCAGAUGCAUGCAUAUAUCAACAGAAAGCACCAAUAAAAUGAUCAUUAUUAUAUAUUUAUUUAUUUAUAUUGAUGGGACUUUCUCCAAGUGAGUGCUCAUAGCUUUGCAGCUUUAGAACUCGAUCCUAUAGCAUCUUUCUUGACCUUACAGGUCCAACCAGAGCGGGAGAUCUCUGGAGAGAGAAAAAGUACCUUUAGCUGGGCAAACUUUCCCACAAGGGAAACUGUUUCAAGAGGAAACUUCCAGUUUGUAUGAAUAAAGGAUGCAAAUAAGAAAAGAAAAAAGUCCUGGUGGGAGGAAAAAGAGUUUCAAGGGAAGCUGUUGGGAUUAGUAGCAUAAUCCCAAAUGAGAGUGGAGGGAUAGAAACCUGUUUAGAUUGAGAGCUCUUUGGACAGUGAUGAAAUUGCUGUAAACUUCCCUGUCCAGGGACAGAGUUGGGUACAGAUAAAUAAACACUUGUCAUCCUAGGGAACUGGUCAUGGGUGUAAAUACAUUGCAAAUGCCCAGAGAAGCACAAUCCUAUAUUUCCUUCCUUGAAUGGCACAGCAAUGGGGACAUAUUUUUCCAAUGAGUCUCACUUGCACAUUCCAGAGCUGGUGAAGAGGUGGAGGCAGUUGUAUGUUGGCCACUAACGUUAUGCAACCGUGCUGUUUACAAUCUUGACAAUAGCAUUGCAGAAAGGGUUUUUAUCAGCGUUCCCAUAAUAAAUGUGAGGUUUCAUGAGGCAGGCUAGCCGAUUAUAAGUGCUUUGGCUGGCUCAGGGCGUGCAGGGAGGAAAGCCCUCAAGUGAGAACAAAUAUUCCCUGCCUUGAAUUUUUCUGGGUCAAAAGCAAACACGUUUGACCUUUUUCCUCCCUUCCCAUUCUCAGAGUUGGGAUAGGCCCUACAAAGUGAGCAUACUUGUGCGCUUACCUAGGAUAACUCUGUAGGAAGAAGCACCUUUAAUCAUUAAUAUUAAUAACAUCAAUAAAUGUAUUGCCUGUCCUUCACCAACGCCAAGUUGCAGGGCAGUUUACAAGAAUUCGAUAUUAAAACUAGUUAGAAUAAAUUACAGUCAUGGGAAUAGGGUGGGUCCCGAACACACACUUCUCAAGUGUCAAAGGUAAAGAGGUGUGCUUUCAGCAUUUUAUUGUUAUUAUUACUGUUCAUUUUACAGCUUUCUGUUUUUAAGGGGAAUAUAUUCAAAGCCAUUUAUAGCCUAAAUUAAAACAUCAAAUUAAACAAUCCAGAAUAAAAUGUUGCAAAGUCAAAUAAAAAGUAUACAUUCAAAGCAACAUGUUUAACAGGGAACUAAAAUAUUAUCUUAAAAGAUUUCAAAAUAAAACAUUACAAAGGAGGUCAGGUACAGAAUGCACAUUUAGCGUAGCAAAGUUAACAAAAAAGCAAUUAUCCUAAACACUUCAAAAGAAAACGUUACUAAAGGAAGUCAGAUAUAGAAUGCACAUGUAAAGCAGCAUAAUUAACAAGAGGUUAAAAUAUUAUCACAAGUAUAGAACAUACCUGCUGCCGUUGCUGCAAAUUGUCCCAAUGAUGGUUCAUGGCAGGCGGCGGCUGUGGAAGCUCAGGCUUUAUGACCUGGGCCUACACUAAGACACAGCCUUUUGCAGAAAGCUGCAUAGUGAUGGUGUCAGGAGAAUCUCUCUAGGGAAGGGAAUUCCACAGCUUAGGGGCUGCCAUGGAGAAUGGCCUCUCUCAGGCCACCACUAUCCCAAACUACUUACCCUACCAGGUCAAAUGAGUUUGCUUUGUGUCUGAUGCAAAUGUUCUACAUAGGGCCUCUGGAGCUAACCCUGUACUCUGUGGUUGAACAACAUCAUGGUCUUUGUGAAAUGAUUUAGAACCCGAGCAAAGCUCGUAGCACCAAGCCAGCAUUAAACCCGGACAAGAAGUUUGUAAAUAAACAUAUCUUUGCCACGAGCCCAGUAGUCAGUGACUUGCUGUUUCACAAUACCUUCAGCUGCAGUGGCUUUAUCUGUUACCUUUGCAUUUAUUGUUGCUGCAUUUUUAUCUUGCCCUCCCCCCAAGUAUCUCAUACGUAGUUCUUUUCUCUCCCCAUUUUGUCCCCAGAGCAAGGCUUUGAGCUAGAUCAGACUGAGAGUGUUGCGAGAAAACAAUAGGCCAUGAGUGGGCAUUUGAACCCGAGUCCCCCUUUUUCUAAUCCAACUUUCUGCUCACCAUGCUGGUUCAUCCCCGUGGCUUUUAUACGAAGGUGGGGUGGAGGACCUUUUUCGAGAGGACCACAUUCCAUCACGGUGAACCUCCCAGAGGGUGGCAUGCCAGUGGCAAAAACUGGUCAAAGGGUGGAUAUGAUCCAUACCUUUAGCACAGUAGGCUGCAUUCCAGCCAAGCAGAAGUCAGAGGCUUCUGCAUAGUCACCCAUGUAUACACCCCACACACUUCUCUCCAUGCACCGGCUAGGCGAGCAGUUUAAGGACACAUUUCAGCCAGGCAAAGGCACUUGGGGAAGUCAAGAGGCUGGACUGGUGAGGAGGUGUAUCCUGGGGAAAGCAGGUUUGGCCUAGAAAGCUGCAUCUGCCCCACCCCAUCCCCUGGCUUGAGGUUCCCUACUCCUGUUCUACACCCACUCGAUUUGUGGAAACUUCACCUUGUCAUUUCUGAAUGGGGUCAUAGUCACCUUUCAAAUCCCACAGCAGUUGUGUUUCUCCACAGUUUUGUGUGUGUGCACGCCUGCACAUGUGGAAACAUGCUGUUUAGUCUGGCAGCAGGACCACUACAGAAAUUCAUUAGUAUUCAUUACCCAGCAUGCUAGGUUUGAAGCUUUCCCUGGUUUCCCAUCGUAAGAAUGAACGCUGGUGUUGGCACAAUGAUGAUUUUGCUACCUUUUGUUGUUGUGUUCCAUCGGCAUGGCAAGUUUGCUUGGGAUGGGUUCUCUCCACCCGGCAAUCUGUUUGCUUGCAGGAUGGAGAGCGGCAGUCCCGUGUUCCUCUCCGUUAUGACAACAAGGCAGCCCUGCCCCUGGCGGGAUGAUGUCUGUGUGGAGCUGAGGUUUAGUCCUCGCUUUGUCUUCCCCAGGCGAGAGCUGGGGCAGUGCCAAGACCCUACCUGCGCAGACGUUGUUGGCUGUGCCAGAGAAACUAAACAAGCAGCGUUACUUUCAUAAGCUCCAGCAGCAGCUGCUAAACAUUGCUCUGGUUCCGGUACAAGGCAUUUCUCUGUUAAAUACACCCCUCAAGCUCUGGUCUGUCGGCACAAGAUAAUGGAGCUCCUAUUUGUUUUAUGGCACGGUGUUUACAGAAUGCCUUUCUCAAAAGUUACUCCAGAAAUAACAAACAGCAGCCUUUUCAGAGAAAGCCCUCUGUGCUGAGUAUUUCUUUCUCCCCACCCCACCCCCCACAUCACGGUUAUCCUUCAUCUGCUGUGGGAGAGGUUGAAUCACUUCCACAUGACUCUUGAGGUGGGAGCUCAGAGGCCCCUAACUGCUGAUGUUUAGCCACAGCUAGUGAUGGAGGAGAAGGAAGAGAAGGGAGCUGGUACCGCUAGUAUCGUGGUCCUUAGAUAUCUGCUCAUCGUGGCAAAUUCAUAGAUAAGAAGCUGCACGGAGACAUUUGGGAGCUUCUGGGGAAUUGGCAGCUGAAAGUAAUAAGAGUUGCUGAGGAAGUAGAUUGUUAACAAAAAAAGUAAAGGUAGCUUUUUUGGACCGUGAUGAAAUAUCCAAAAUCUAUUUUAGGACAAUACCCUUUAUUAAACUCAUCUUGUGAAAUAAUGUGCAAGCUUUUGAGUUUUAAAAAAAUUCUUCCAUCAGGCUGGAUGGCUAAGAAAGUGGCUUAGGGAAAAGGGAGAAGCUGAGCUGGCAGUCAUGCCAUGAGUCUGCAUCUGGUCAGAGUCUUAUGGCCCAAUGUGGGAGGAGGGAGCUAACAUCCUUAUUCGAACAUCUCCUCCUUCUGCCCACAUUCUGCCAUAAGACUCUGACCAGAUGCAGAUUCAUGAUGUCUUCCACGAGUUCCUUCCACUUUGCUUUGUUUUAAUUUAGCCUGGUGAAGAGUUUUGGAAAACCUGAAAGCUUUUGCUCUUAUUUUGUAAGAUUGUUGUUGACCUAAUAAUUGAAAACCUCAGUUCAGAAUUCAGCAACCAGAAAUGCCAGAUCUGAUUAGAAGUUCAUCUCCAUUUCAGCAUGGGAAAAUGGGGAGACCAUCUCAGACAAAUGCAUUGGCUGUUCUUUUGUUUUAAAGGUUCAGGAAAGGCAGGUUUUGAUCGGAGAAUGGUUAGGAUUGCUGGCUAAAUCAGUCCUAGUCCAGCUUCUGGAAUGGUAUCUGUGUUAAGUCUGUUGCAGCAAAACCAACGUCGUACCUUCAAGAUCAAUACAUUUUUUGUGGCAUCAGCUUUUCUGGCCUGCAGAGUCCACUUCAUCAGAUGUAUGGAGCAUUACCCUCAAUUGGCAAUUAGGUGUGCAUGUGUGUGAUAGACACAUUCGGAUGCAAAAAAGUAUACAGUCUGCAACAAAUUCAGUUAAGCAGCCAUUCACACCAGCAGUCAUAGAUGCUCCUAUCUAGGCAUUGCCCAUCUUAGUUCAAUAUGUAUCAACAGAGACAGAAGCUCAUACUCAGACCAAAACUGUGUACAGUGGUACCUCGCAAGACGAAUGCCUCGCAAGGCGAAAAACUCGCAAGACGAAAGAGUUUUUCGUUUUUUGAGUUGCUUCGCAAGACGAAUUUCCCUAUGGGCUUCGCAAGGCGAAAACGUCUUGCAAGUUUGUUUCCUUUUGGAUUUUCAAUGCAUUCCUAUGGGAAACCGUGCUUCGCAAGACGAAAAAUUCGCAAGACGAAAAAACUCGCAGAACGAAUUAAUUUCGUCUUGCGAGGCACCACUGUAUAUUUUGUACUGAAAAUCUAACCUGACCUAUAUACACUAUACAAAUCAGGGCCAGGCCGGGUUCCGGGGCCCAGAAAUCCCCAGUGGCACACAGGGUGGGACAGGGAUCCCUGCAUGGGGGUGCCUGGUUCACGCCCCCUGAAAAUCACGUGCCCGGGGCUAUGGCCCCCUGGCCCCCUCCACACUAUACCCCUGGUCGCAGUUGAGGAUGGGUUUGUCAAGGAGCAAAAUGCAACAGGAUGAAGUCAAAAAGGAUGUGGAUCUCUGGUUUCCAAGUGUCCCAAAUCUUUGGGGGAAUUAAGACCAGAAAUUCACUGGUCAUGUGGAGUGCUGUGAGGGGGGAAGGGGGGGUCACUGCUUUUUUAGUAGAACAGGAAGCCUUGCUUAAUCCGACUUCACAAUAGCACUUGCUUUGUAGUCUAUGGUGGCCAGGAAUUCAAUGAUGGCCAAGAAUUCAUAGGAAGCUGCCUCAUACCAAGACAGACUGACAGAGCGGGGGAUAGAUCAUGCCUUCUCCACCAGUCCCCUUGUUAGAAGGACACUGUUUACAAGCAUAAGCUCCAUUUCCAUGCCUGGUCAUGAAGAACACCCCUGCUCCCCUCUCAUGAGACACUGAAAGGCAGGAAGCUCGUCUCUUGACUGGCUAAUAAGUUUCCUUGGCUGGCCUACUCAUUUCAAAAAAUGCAUCCAGUAAUUGGAGUGCCAGAACUGAUUGUAACUGUUCCACAGUUGGGUCAGGCUUGCAAGAAGCCAUUUUUCUUGUCACCCAUGGGGAAUGAGAUUCUUCCCCACCCGCACCCCAGUGAUUGGGCAAUCUCAUUUCUGUGAAUGGGAAGAGAGUUGCUUCCUUUGUGGCUUGUCUAACAUGGGUAUGUAGAAGACAGGAUCACUAUUAAAACCCUCUGAAGACUAGUUCAUUCUGUUAAUUUAUUUGCAAGGUUAGCAAGCUCCUUGAACCUCAGCUCAAAAAGGUUUCAGUUGAAGCGUUUAAAGUAAGGAUGAGAAGUAAUAAUGGCCUUGAACCCAUUAAUAGGUGUUGUGUGCCUGACUGGUGGAGUUGCUUCUGAUGUCAUUCCUUGGAUUGUACACAUUUUACUGAGGCUUGGAAGCCAGAUUCCUUCCAGCUCUAAGAAAUGUCAGCCUUUGCUCAGAGCAAAUGUGCAGCAGUUGAAAGGAUGUUGCAAGGCUCCCUUGCUGCCUUUUUACCUGGUUCAUGUAAUGUUGGUAGGAAAGCAGAGUGUUGAUAACUUCGUGAUUGAAUCAGGAUGUAGUGUGUGUUUAUCUUGGCAGCAGCACCAAAAGUGGGGGGUAGUUUGGAGGAGGAGAGAGCUCUGUAAAUGAGAGAGAGAGCUGGUUCUUUUCUUUUCAAAGAGACCUUCCUGCUUUUUGCCUUGCUGAGACGAGCUGGAGAGAAUAAGUCGGGAAGUAAGUCCUGUUGAGUUCAGUGGGGCUUACUCUCAGGUAGGUGUGCCUAAGUUGUGCAGCCUUUGCAAGCUCACUCAAAAGUAAGUCUCCCUGAGUUCCACAGGACUUGCUUCCAAGUAAUUAUGCACAUGAUCACGACCUCAUUACAGCAAUGCACACUUAUUAAGGAACAAAUCCUGUUGAGCUUGGCGGGACUUGAGUAAACAUAUUUAGAGUUGGGCAUACAGUGGUACCUCAGGUUACAUACACUUCAGGUUACAGACUCUGCUAACCCAGAAAUAAUGCUUCAGGUUAAGAACUUUGCUUCAGAAUGAGAACAGAAAUAGUGCUCCGGUGGCACGGCGGCAGCAGGAGGCCCCAUUAGCUAAAGUGGUGCUUCAGGUUAAGAACAGUUUCAGGUUAAGAACGGACCUCCAGAACGAAUUACGUUCUUAACCUGAGGUACCACUGUAGCUGCUUCUCUCGACCAGCACACCUUUUGGUGGCAGUUGCACAUUAAAGAGGAUGCUCUUUCAGAAGCAUGAAACAAACCACUUAUGGCUAGGUGACACAAACACACACACUCUCUGGCUGUGUACACACCAUAUAUUCAAGGCACAUUCCCCCACCUGAAGGGAACAACCUUCAGAAAUUACAGUUUCCAGGAUCAUUGGGGAGAGGGGAGAAAUGUGUUUUGAACAUCUCGUCUACAAAUUGUCCUGUGCUGUUUAGUGGUAUUUUGCCUUCUUGCCAGCGCCUUUCUCGAGUGAGAUGUCAAGUUGCAUUUUGACAUGGACAACUGCCAAUCAUAUCAAGGCCGGAGUGACCCGCAAGUGCCCAAAGAGGGCAGCUGUUGCCAGCUGAGCAAGACCACUCAGGGGAAACAAGAGCAGGCAGGCCCAUUUUUCUGAGGGAGGGUAAGGUGGCUCCAUGCCGAAAUCUUACCAAGGAGUGGUCACCACAGAUAAGACUAGCACGAGCAAAUUAAGCAGCAGGAGCUCCUGAUACUGUGGACAAGGGCAUGGUCUCCAGUGUCGGUAUGAGAAGGGAGGUUGCAUAAGUGCGUAGGUCAAGAGAAAAAACAAAAGGGAUUUGAAAACGCAGAGGAAACUGGUAAUCCCCACUCCCUGCGCUUAUCUAGCACAGAGUAACAGCGCAAGUACAAAGAGCCAGCUAUGGAACCAUGCACACACACACACACACACACUCCAGGAAUCCGGAGUCUGCAAACAAACUGGUGAAUUGUUGGGUAACUAAAGCAGGGCCUUUAUUGCAGUGAUACAGCAGUAGGAACAACGCUUGCUGAGGAGGGGAAGCCCUAAUGAAUAGGUGACAAACCUGAGGGAGAGAAUUCCUUUGACGGUGCUUUGUCCAUAGUAGUCUUGGAGGAUCAAGGAAGCAAACUUAACUCAGGUAAUCAGCAUGAUUGCUGUUAACUGCAGCUUUUAAGGUAUUUCUUGAUUGUAUUUUAAUACCAUCUUUCCCCUUGACCCAAGAAGCUUAGGUGGUUUACAUGGAUUUUUGUAGGAAUGAAGGAAGCUGCAUUAUGUUGUCCGACCAUUGGUCCAUCUAGCUGAAUAUUGUCAAUGUGUUCCUCCUUUCUUUUCUGCAGACGGACCCUGUGAGGCAAAUCACAGGCCGUGUGAGACAGUGACUUGCCCAAUGUCACCCACUGAGUUGAGGUUUGGGCCCCCAGCCUGGCACUCUGUCUUGGCCUUUCCCAACUACAGGUUCCCCACCACUCAUACAGUGGUACCUCGGGUUACAUACGCUCCAGGUUACAGACUCCGCUAACCCAGAAAUAGUGCUUCAGGUUAAGAACUUUGCUUCAGGAUGAAUUCAUGGGAAGAGCACUAUAAAGUGCUGUUUAGGGAACAUCGUCCUUCUGCGCCGCUUAACAUCCCCUUAGAUAAUGAUACACCAUGGCCCCCAACAUCUGAAACUGAAAUCACUUCGCUAAUUCUACAAAUGAAAUCUGGCAAAGCCCCAGGAAGUGAUUUCAUUGUCGCUGAACUUCUGAAAGCGCAAAUAAACUGGUGGGCCCCAGUCCUUGCUAAUCUAUUUUCAUAUAUAGAUAAGACAACUGAAAUCCCUAAAGAUUGGGGACUAGCUAUAAUUGUUCCCAUAUUUAAAAAGGGCAACCCCUCUGAUCCAUCUAAUUAUAGACCAAUUAGUCUCCUGAACGUGAUCUGUAAACUUUAUACAAAACAUCUAUGCCUAAAAUUAUGGGAAUGGUUAGAUCAUAAUAACUUGUUAGAAAUUGAACAAGCAGGGUUUACAUCCGGACGUUCCACCAUUGAUCACUGCUUAGUGUUAGAUUACUUUGUCUAUAAGUAUGCGAAAUAUUGGAAAAAGUCAUUAUAUGCGGCCUUUGUGGACUUAAAGGCAGCAUUUGAUUCUGUAUCCAGGAGCAGGCUCUGGGCCAAAUUGGCCAAUAUGGGUAUUAACAGAAGGUUAUUACUUCUGAUGAUUAAGCUUCAUGAGAACAAUACCCUCCAGAUAAGACUCGCACAGGACGGCAGACUCUCUAGAGAAAUCUUAGUCCAAAGAGGAGUUAGACAAGGAUGCCUAUUAGCCCCAUUCCUAUUUAAUAUCUAUGUUAACUCCCUGGUUACAUGCUGCCGUGAAAUUGAAACCCACCCCCCUGUGUUCUCUAAUGGCAGAAAAGUACCAAUUCUAAUGUAUGCGGAUGACGCUGUUCUUCUCUCUCAAACCAAAGUGGGUCUGAAACGUGCCUUAGGAAAGUUUAGUGACCAAUGUAACACUGAACUGUUAACAAUUAACUUUGCCAAAACCAAAAUUGUACAUUUUAACCGCUCCUUUAGGAAGGAUAAUUGGAGCGUAAAGGGAAACGCCAUUGAACAGACUAAGACCUUCCAAUACUUAGGCAUUACUUUCUCUUAUAAUGCCAAAUUCUCAACACACUUGACCACAUCAGCUAUAUCAGCAGAAAGAAGUGCAAAUGCUAUCCUUAGAUUAUUCAGAAGGAAAGGAGCUGGCUUCCUCCCGAUGGCCCUAACAGUCUUUCAGGCAAAAUCUUUAGCCCAACUUCUAUAUGGCUCUCAAAUUAGCCCCUCUGCCAACCUUAAGACCUUUGAAACAGUACAAUCUAAAUUCUUAAGAUCAUUAUUUGCUACUCCUAAGUGUACACCUAAUGCAGUCUUAAGGCAAGAGGCAGGACUGCCCAGAGUGGAAUUAAAAGUCUGGGAACAAGCAAUAUCCCUCUGGCUGAAAAUCCAUUACAAUCCUAAGGGUCUAUUACCUUGCUUCCUGGCUGCAGUUCCCUAUCCUCCUUGGCUUAUGCAAAUAACUAACAAGAUCAAACAAAUUGGCCUAAACCCUGAAAAUAUUUUUAUUGGAACUCUGAACAAGGCCAAGCUACUAUCACUCAGAGACUUUAUGAUAUCGAAUUACAACAAGAAGGCGCCCUACUCCCAGAGACGUAUAGAUGUUUAAAAGCUUGGCCUAAUUUUGCAGCUGCCCCUUACUUAACUAACAUCACUAACGAAACCUAUAGAUGGGCUUUCUCUAGAGCCCGCUUUGAGACAAUGCCCUCAGCAGUGCUGUACGGCAAAUUCACGCGAGUUCCAAUGCAUGCGCGUCUCUGCCCUUGUAUGUCUAAUAAGGUAGAAUCUGUCACACACAUUCUUCUAUCUUGCGAAUUCUAUAGUGAAGAACGAGUUCAACUUAUUUUACCACUUCUAUCAAAAUUUAUACCCCUUCAAUAUUAUUUGGAAUCCUCCCUGAAAUUCUUCGAAAAUACCUCCUGGAAGAUUCCUCAAGCUCAGUAUCAUAUGAGGUGGCUAAAUUUUGCACUUUAGUAAUUAAGAAGCGUAAAUCUCUUCUGUUGAAUGGCACACUGUGAAGUUCUCUUGUGUAACCUUUUUUCUUUUCUGAAGUUGUUGCUGUUUUCUUGUUGUCUGAUCUUAUGGUGUUUAGUGUCACUGGCUUUGGCCGCAAUAAACUUGAACUUGAAAAUGCUUCAGGAUGAGAACAGAAAUCGUGCUCUGGCGGCGCGGCGGCAGCGGGAGGCCCCAUUAGCUAAAGUGGUGCUUCAGGUUAAGAGCAGUUUCAGGUUAAGAACCGACCUCCGGAACAAAUUAAGUACGUAACCAGAGGUACCACUGUAAUACAUUCUUAUAGCUCUUUAGAAUAUAAAGACUACACAGUAAUUCGUUGUUAACAGGUUAGCCAUAGCAAAGAAGGGGAGACACAAAGAAACCUGACUGGCACACCAGCAACAAAUAAUGCCCUGUACAAUGAACCUUUUAAAAUAACGGGGGAAUAUGAAGAAGAGCUGCGGAAGGGACAUGGAAGAGACUUAAGGGCCUCGCAUACAAGGUUACCAGGUUAAUGCGCUAGAUCGAUGGGAUAAUAAGGACUGACAAAACCCGGGACCAGGAGGAAGGGAUGCUGGAUGAAGACUGGAUUGUUUUUAUUUCUUUUUUUUACUACUAGGAUUGUUUUAUAAAAUUGAUGAAUGUUAGAAAAAUGUUGGAACGAAAUUACUUGGCUUUAGCAAAAAUGUUUAAAGAAUUAUGUAAGAAUAUUAUGGUUAUGAGAAGUUGGUAAAAAUAAGAUUUAAGUUUUAAGCUUUAAGGUUCUUUAUAGUAAGAUAAGAUUAAAAUAGAUUAAGGUAAUGUAAUGACAGAAUAUUAUGAAAUAUGGAAAGGAUUUGCUGCGACAAUUAACAACUAGGAUACAAAAAAGGGAGGAGGAGGAGGUCAAAGAAAGAAGGUAAUGACAGUUGAGGAUUUGAGAAUGAUGGAUUUGUUAUUGAGUGUUUGUGGUGUAUUUUUGUUUUUUGAAUUUGUAUUGUUUGAUGUGGUUUGUUUUUUCUUUGUUUUUUCUUUCUCUUAUUCUGCUUUGUUCUCUUUUGUAAUUCUAAAAAUUUCCAAUAAAUAUCAUUUAAAAAAAAACAAAAACGGGGGAAUAAGGCAGCAGCAAAGUUUGAGCCUUCAAAAAUGGGGCCGAUGAAAAGCAGUUUGGUAGUCAAGGCAGCUGUUCAGUGCCAUGCUCCUGGGUCUCUGCUGGUGUGGUGGCAAGAAAACAGGAGAGGAGGGUGGAGGCAGAAGGAACUCCAAGCAAGCAGGAGAAAGCCCCAUGUGCCAAUUUUCUGUAAAGCCAUAUUUCUGACCUGGUUUAUCAUAAAAAAUCAGGGUGGUGCAAAACAGUAAGACAUAAAACACUAUUUAAAAACAAUACAAAUAAUAAUUAAAGGGUUUGGCCGAUCAGUCAAAACAACAGCAAAUGCCUGUUUUUGUGAAAAGGCCUUCAAGAGAUGGCUGAAAGUCAAAAGCAGGAAUGGCUGCUGAAUCUCUGCUGGGAAAGUGGAACCAACAGCACCAAAUGCCUGACUUCUAAUGGAGGCCAAUUGAGUCUCUGUAAUAUGGCGGGCAGCUAACAGCACUCUUCUGUCUGAUCCCCAGCACAACACUGGCUUGCAAGGAAGCAUUCUCAAUUUGUUUUCUUCUGGAAUUGUCUUCCGUUAAAGGCCCACCAAAGCUUAAGUAUGGUUUUUGGAGAAGUUGGCCAUAAGUGGAAUGCCACCAAGCCUGGUUUGCAUAGUUUCUAGCACUCAAGUCCAAACGUUGAAUUUUCAAUAGUUCAUCUAAUGAAAUGCAAAAUCGCUCCCGAAUAAUUCUCUCGCAGUGGCCUUCUGUAGGCUGCUUGACCCUAAUCAUCCAGAGUCUUGGGGCUUUUCAGAUCAGAUCUCUUCAGACACUGCAAAAACUGUAUGGCAAUAAAGAUGUUGAGAAGCUUUUAACAGACAUUUCCUUAAAAGGCCAGUGCUUUUUCGAAACGUUGACUUCAUAGAAAUUCCUCUCUUUCUUUUGUGCAAAUUGAUCUCUUUGUAUAAUAACCAUCCCCAGCCAGGCUAUAAAUCACUGCCUUCCAUGAGGUGACAACAGCUUAAAGAGUUUUCUCAAGUGUCUGUGCAUCCCCCAUUGACCCCAAGACAGUGCUCUGAUACAAUAUGAUCACAUGCACCGCACCAGGCAGUGAUUUGUUGGUUAGAUAACAUACUAUGAGUAAGAGAUGGUAACAAAACUGACUCUCCUUCCUUUACUGACACACACAUGCUUGCAAACACUGAACAUGGUAUAGUGAUUGACAGUAUGUCAUUUAGGCUUAGUUUACUUAAAUCUUUGCUUGCAGCCAGCAACUCUCUCUCCGUGCUGCUUAUUCAUUCCUGGGGUUUUUUCCCUUCUGGCACAGUAGUAUCUGGUAGAUGGGAAUUAGAUAUUUGUGGGCUUGGGCUAAUGCAGGCACCCCCAAACUCAGUCCUCCAGAUGUUUUGGGACUACAGCUCCCAUCAUCCCCAGCUAACAGGACCAGUGGUUAGGGAUGAUGGGGAUUAUAGUCCCAAAACAUCUGGAGGGCCGAGUUUGGAGUGCCUGGGCUAAUGCAUGGCAAAUUCUGCCCUUAUAAGUGAUUUGAGAAGAAACUACCACUUGCACCCAUCAAACGCUUUGAUUCUCUGGUUUAAAUAUGAUCUCACAGCUACUGAGAGAGACACCUGGAUCUCUCUGGAUUAAAAUAGCCUUAUAUUGGUUCACAGAGUUUACAGCAGUUUUGAAACCUCUUGAGCUUUUACAGCCAAAGUGUCUGUGAUUGGCUUUUCCUGCCAAGGAUGGGGGAAUUUGUCAGUUCCUCCAAGUUUCAAUUUUUUUCCUACUUUUAAGUCCAGUUCUCCCCAUUUCCAUGUACAGUGUGGGGUUGUUGGGGUUUGUUUUUUUAAGUCCCCGUGAAAAUUCAUCAGUGAAUUUCUCUUAAUAUACAAAUGUUUCUAUGCAUUUUUGCCUAAUGUACACAUUGUUGCAAAGCAAUUCCCCCUAAUAUAAUGCAUUUUUGUAUCGUAUUUUCACCAAUAUGUGUAUUUUUAUGCACACUUUACCCUACUACAUGCUGUACACAUUCCUUGGCUGGAGAACUGCAUUGCAAAAUUCAGAUAAGAGCGAAUUUCAAAGAUUGGCUGUGUUUCUGUUCGUGCAUUUUGGGAAGUGCAAAUUAAGUAGGUUUGCCUUUCAGCAUGAAUGGAAUCUAAUCUCUCCCUCCAACCCUAAUUCCUACCUAGGUGUUAAGUCCAGGCUCUCUGUUUUCCCCCACCCUUCUAAAGGUAGUGGGAUUCUAUGUUCUUUUCAACUGGAUUUUAUUUUAUUUAUAUAGCACCACCUGACCCAAAGAGGUUGCAAACUAAAAUUCAACAAGGAGGAAGCAACAGAGAAAUGGGAGGAAGUGGGGGCAGGGUAAAAAAUAAAAAGGAAAGGAAAGUGUAUUGUUUCAGAUGUAUGUGCUAGACAGAAACGUUUCAACAGGCAGCUGAAAGGCCAGAAAGGUGUGUUUUCGGAAUGCCUUUCCCAGUCAGUUCUGGUAGGUACCUUUGUUGCUAUCUUGCUCAGUGCUGGUUUAAGACCUUUUUUGUUUUCCAAAGCUUUUAACUGAAUUUGUUGUCCCUGCUGAUCUGUUUGUUUUACUGGCUGCUGUUCCUGUGGCUGUUUUAGAAAUUGUUUUGCUGACUGCUGCUGCUUAUUUUGUUGCGCUGAUUUCUUAAAUAGCCUUUUGUCAUUGAGUUUUUAUGAUGUUUUCUGUUAGCUGCUUUGGAGAUUUGAGUGUUGGGAAGCAGCAACUAAACAUUGGAAGUAAAAUUAUGGCCUUUUUAACUGGAGAGUUUUCAAAAGGCAAAUCAUUUGUGUGACAUAGGAUUAGACUGCACAUCUGGAUCCCAUCUUAUACAUGUCUACUCAGAAGCAAGUUCCAUUGAGUUCUGUGGGAUUUACCCCCAAGGAAGUGUAUAUAGUCUUGUACCCCAAGUUAGUUGCAUUUGGUUCCCAUUAUUUCAGUGGAACUUAAACUGAAGUCAUGACUGACUUUUUACAUUGAUGUUAGUGGGACCUCAGUGGGACUAACUUAGGUUAGAUUUGACCCAAUGUGAAGUGCACUAUAGCCAGUGUGGAGUCGUGAUUCAACUCUGUCCAGAAAGAGUUCAAAUCUCCAUGCCAAUGUGAACCGCCCUGAGUGGCUGGGGGCCAACCAUUGUCUCUCAAUUGAGCCUACUACACAGGAUUCUUGUGAAGAUAAAAGUGAGAUCACCCCCAUCCAUAUUGGCCACCAUGAGCUCUUGGGAAGCUGGCUAUGUUGGGAACAGGACUAGACGGACCUUUGGUCCAAUCUAGCAAGGUUCUUAAGUUUUUCUACUACAAAUGCCACUUAAAAAUUUAAAUCCUCUGUAAUACUGAUUGUGUUUAAAACAGGCAUAGUCAAACUCGGCCCUCCAGAUGUAUAGGAACUACAACUCCUAUCAUCCCUAGCUAACAGGACAGGAAUGAUGGGAGUUGUAGUCCCAACACAUCUGGAGGGCUGAGUUUGCAUGGUUUAAAAUGUAUUGAAGGCUGUCAGUACAUGCUUUGAGCUGCUGCCUACUCAUCAUUCAUGAACCACUUACUAGAUGUGGACUCAUUGUGUGUCAGCAAUUCCCUUCCUGCUGUUUCAUACUUCGAAGGUGGAGAAAUUAUAGUGCAGAUAAGAGCAAUUGCCUCUGCGUCUCAUUUUGAUGAUGGUGGUGAUGUUUUCAGGGCGAUGAGAAGAAAUUCAGAUAUUACCUUGCCCUGCCCUUUCCUGCCCCCUCCAUUUCCCUAUGACUAGAUUUCUAGAGGGUUAUGUCUAAAAGUGCUUUUUAUCUGUUAGCACAAAGAUGCCAAGGGAGGCUCUUCUCCUUCGCUCCAGCUCCCUUUGUUCCACUCUUGACAACAGAAAAGCAGCUCAAGACUGGGCUUAACUGUACUCUCCCCCCCCCCCCCAAGGAAGCAGCCUGAUCAUUGCCAGUUUCUCUGCCUUGGCUAGAAGAUCCUCUCUUGUUCCAACCAGCACUGCUCUUUGGGAGUCAGGAGAACCAAGUUUGACUUAAUUUCACUAUGUUCCUUGACUCUUAAACUCUCUGCUUGCAGAACAGGAAAAGGAAGUUCCGCUUCCACUGGGAACCAAUACCCUCAAUUCUGACCUAUCUUGGUUUUCUUUAACAUUAACCCGUUCUGUGGUUACCGUAGGUGUGAGACGUGGCUUUCUGACCACAAUAGCGCUGUCUGUCUUCUGCCAGACCUUUGCAAGCUUUACAUUUCAUAACAUUUAUAUGCAGUCUAAGGGUAAACAGACUUGUUGACUGAUUCCCGUUACCUUGCAUAAGCUGUCAGCUGAAGCCUUUAUGACAAAAGAAUACAGCCAGUUUUACAUUAUUGUGUAUACACUGCAUGCUGUCAGUUUGCUGAAAAUAGACUCUGCUCCCAUUUUUACAUGUUGUCAUAAUAUUUUAUCGAGUCUAAAUAGACAGGAUCCAGAUCUCCUUUCUCUUUCUCUUUGUGGUAAUUGUGAAUGAAAAGACAAUGUUUUAUAUUCAUUUGAUUCCUUUUGUUGCCACAAUCUUAAUCUUUUUUUAUUCCAUGUAACUGAGGAGGCAUAUGUGACAGAAAAGUAGGAAACAAGACGCUGCUAUAACCAAUGUCUUCCCUCUGAUGUGAAGCCUCCUGGGACUUGUAAUGCCAUCCUGAUAGCCAAUGGGAUUUGCUGUCUUUAGAUAGAAUGACAAGGAUGAGAAAGGCUGGACAGAGAGUGGGAUUUGCUUUCCUUCAGAUCUGCUGUCACCUAUGACUUUACCUGGCCUUUUGCUAAGCUGGUUUAUUUUUAAUAUAUGAAAAGGCAGCAGGUUACAGAAAAAGUAAGACAGCUCCCUUUCUGCUUUUCAUUAUUGGCAAACUAUGCUCCUCAAAGGUUAGACUUGCAGUCCUGGUUCUCAUGGGGUCUUUGAGGUUGGUUCCAAAAGAGCAAACUAUUUUGGUGCAUCAGUUAAAGUGUUAGACUAGGACUAGGCAGAUCUAGUUCCAAAUCCUCACUGAGUUGCAAAUCGUUCUGGGUUGGUCGGUCUCCCUCCGCUAACUCAGGCUUGCUGCGAGUAUGAAAUGAAGCAGGGAGGGAAGAGCCCCUGAGCAUCUUUGUAGGACGGUUGAAAUUAAAAUAUGAUCAAAUAAAUAAAUAAAAGAUAGCCCUAUUAGUAAGCAGUUCUUACGCUUCUAUACCUGCAUUAACUUGGGAAUAAGUCUCAGUCAUCUUAGUGGGGCUCACUUCUCAAUAGGUAUGCUGCAUGUGCAUUGCCCUGUAAGGCCACAUUCACACCUAAUAAUAAUAAUAAUAAUAUAGGAAUGGGGGGACACCCCCGAAAUCCUAGGAAUGAAUAAAUAUUAGGAUUUUGAUUAAUUGGGUAAUUUGAGGGUAAACCAUACACAGCACGGGUCUGCCCUUGUGGCUCGUUGGAAGUUGAAACUGCUUCACAUGUACUAUUACGUUGUCGUUUUUAUGAGGAUAUACGUUUGACUUUUAUUACACCUGUUUUGCAAAAGUCCAGGAAAGAAUCGGAACACCAUAGUUUAAAAUUACUGUUAGAGGACAAGAAUCCCAAGACUACAUUAAAUGUAGCCAAAUUCUGUGUGUCUGCAAUUAAUCGCAGGAAGCAAGUGGUAUCCCAUAAUGACCAAACCCCCAAAUGUUAAUUAUAGGGGGCAUGCUAAUAAUUAAUUUUAAUUUUUAUAUUUAAAUCCUUGUUAUAUUUAUAUUGUCCUCUGUAUUUCUGAUAUAUAUAUUUUUUUUAUGAUCUGUGAUAUUGUGUGUGUUGACGCUGGUCUGUGACCGUAUUAAUAAAUUCAUUCAUUCAUUAAUUGGGAUAUGGAUUAAGACACCAACUGCAGAGCUGUGCCUGACUUUUGUAAUAGUCAUAAUAAUAAUAAUUUAUUAUUUCUAUGCCACCAUCUGACUGGGUUGCCCUAGCCACUCUGGGUGGCUCCGCACAAAAAUUAGUAAAAACACAAUUCAACAUCAAACACUAAAAACUUCCCUGAUGCCACUUUAAAUAAACACGGUUUCCCUCAGAUAAUUCUGGGAGCUGUUGCUUGCUAAGGGCGCUUCAGGGUUGUGAGGAAGCCCUGUUCUCCCCACUGAGCUACAAUUCCCCAAGUUCCCUAUGAACAGAGAUUGGUUGUUAAACUACUCUGAGAGAGGCAGUUCUGAGGGGAUAUGGGGCCUCCUAACUCUCAUCACCCUUAACAAACCACAGCUCCCAGAAUUCUUUGAGGGAAGCCAUGACUGUUCAAAACUGGAUCAAAGUGCUUUAAAUGUAUGGUGUGAAUAUGGCCUUAGAGAAGAUUUGGCGCUGUUUAAUGUACUGCAGCCAGCCUGUCAUAAUCACACAAUCAGGGCAUGUGAAGCCAUUCAGAAGAGGGAUUUAUAAGCUGCUUAUGCAAACAGCCUGUAGAUAGGAUCAUUCAUCUGUCUUUAAAAUAAACAUCAAGGUGAUUAACAGGUGGCUGAGGUAAGUACAAAUGCAUAUGAAGUGUGGCUUCUUUUACAAAAUGCCUGAUGAAUGUUGUCUGAAAUUUGCCUGAAGUCACAAGACAUGGCCUGGCUCCCUCUUGCAGGAGAUCACUUUCAACAAUGAAGAGGAGUUUAGGAUCACUGUGCCAUCUUUACAGAUGUAGUGGCAUGUUUGUUUGUUUUUAAAUGGAUAUCUUCCAGGUUUUCUGGGCUGAGCUCAUGUGUAACGUUGCAGCCUUGCAGGAAUAAUCCAUUUGCCCAGCCAACGUUAUGGCUGAGCUAGUUAGCUUAUAGCUUCCAGCUGCGGCAGCUCCUGUGAUCUCUGGCAUACAUUUCAGGAGUAUCACUUGUUCUUACUGUGUAGUUCAGGAAAGCCACAAGUGUUGCUUUGCAGUUUAUGUUGCUGAUGGAGAAAAACCAAGUACAUUGGAAAUGCCUUAGCCUGGAACAGCAGAAUAUGUCUUUGAGGAAAUGGCGGUCAGUUUCUACAAAGGAAACUGUCAACAUGUUGGGCUGCCUUGGGGAGUAGGAAAGAUAGCAGAGCUCAUGUAUAUAGCCCUACAAGGCCUACAAAAGGGGUCAUCUUAGUUGUUUUAGUCCAUCAUUUUCCAGUUCUCACUUCCCUGACUUUCGGACUCCUUGUUAUGUCCUCCUGUUGUUGAUUUCACCUUCUCUAGGAUUUUCUCUUCAGUCUUAGGUGCUUGUCAUCUUCACCGUCUUGACAUCAUCAAUCCCUCUCAAAAGUAAUAUGUGUGUCAUUCCUUAAGGUUAGAUCAAAUGCAUCACUUCUCAUUUCGCUUUUCUGCUGUGGGGGACACACCAAGCAGUUUGCUACAUAACAAAAUUAUUUAAAAUGUUAUGGGCAGCAAACAGCCUUAAAAGCAUGAUAGUUGAAACAUCAGCAGAUAAAAAUCAGACCAGGAGAGUAAAAGCAAAACAACAAAAUGACAGAAAACUUAUAAAGCAUCAGUUCCUGAGCAAGUGGAUGACAAUGAUAGCUGAGUAAAUAUUUCCAGGACAGUUUUCCUGUGUGCUCGAAUUUAUUCUCUCUUCUCUUUCUUCAGUGGAAUACCCAAUCAGUGUGCAUUGAAUUCACAGGCAGCAUUUCAUCUAGACACAGACACACCUAGACACAUAGCUUCAGCAAUGUUGGUGUGUUGUGUCCUCAGACCACGUCCUGGGACAAAGUGCUUUGCAUAGAUCAGAAGUGGAGAAGCUGUUGCCUUCCUGCAGCUUCCACCAUCCCCAGCCAGUGGCCAUGGUGAUUUCCAUCCAUCAUCCUUGGCAAAUACAGGAAAGUUGGACUUUUUAAAUGGUUCUUACAUUGCAUUUUGUCCUAUUAGGAAGUUGUUCCCUCCCAGUGUGAGUAAUACGUUUUGUUUACUCUUAAGUCUGAUUUUUGCAGUUUUAUUUAUUCAGUGUUGUAAUGUAUGCAAAGUUUAGUUUGCCUAGAGCAGGCUUCCUCAACCUCGGCCCUCCAGAUGUUUUUGAGACUACAGUUCCCAUCAUCCCUGACCACUGGGCCUGCUAGCUAGGGAUCAUGGGAGUUGUAGGCCAAAAACAUCUGGAGGGCCAAGGUUGAGAAAGCCUGGCCUAGGGAAUGUAGACUGUGGGAUGAUUAAGGACUAAAAUAAAUAAAUAUACUCUGAAGCAAAAAGGGGGCUUGUAACACUAAGCAAGACUAUGACUUGUCUCCAGCAGUAUGGCAGCAGCAGGAGUAGAGUAGAAGGGAAGGGCCUAUGGAUUUCAGCAGUGUGCACUAGCAUGCUGCACACUCGCAUUUAAACCAUAAAGGUAAAGGUAAAUGGACCCCUGACCAUUAGGUCCAGUCGCAGACGACUCUGGGGUUGCAGCGCUCAUCUUGUUCUAUAGGCCGAGGGAGCUGACGUUUGUCCACAGACAGUUUUUCUGGGUCAUGUGGCCAGCAUGACUAAGCCGCUUCUGGCGAACCAGAGCAACACACAGAAAUGUCGUUUAUCUUCUCGCCGGAGCAGUACCUAUUUAUCUACUUGCACUUUGACCUGCUUUCGAACUUCUAGGUUGGCAGGAGCAGGGACCGAGCAAUGGGAGCUCACCCCGUCGCGGGGAUUCGAACCGGCGACCUUCUGAUUGGCAAGCCAUAGGCUCUGUGGUUUAGAUCACACGUCCCUAGUUUAGUUUAUUUAACUAUGGUUUAACUUUAAAGUGACAAGCAUACCAGGCCAUUCUCUUAGAGAAGGUGCUUUCUGAGCCUGUUUCUUCUCCUCCUUGUGUGUUUUUGGGGUGUGGCAAACAGUAGUUUUCCUUCCAAUUUAAAAAUGUUCUCUAAAAAUAGAUCAAAACUGUUAGUGUAGCCUACUGUGCCUCAGGAUAUGGAGAGUUUCCUUUCUCACUUGGGACUUAAGACUGCAAUCCUGUACCCACUAAAUGUUGAGGAAGCCUCACUGAUCUUAAUGCAUCUUACUUCUGAGCAGAUAUUCACAGAAAUGUGCUGCUAACCUCCUGCGUCCUACAUGCUGGAAAAGGCUUGUCUGCCUUCUGCUUCACACAUGUGCCAAAUGAGACACUGUACCAUUUAGCUGGUGUGAUGCUAGCACAGAAUCUAAUAGCAUCUGAUCCAAGUUUUUGUUUUGACAUAUAAAUCUGUACUGUUUGCCUUCUCUUCAUCUCUCCUCUCUUCUCCCAAUUCCUUCAUGACUACUGAAUAGUAGCUGGGUUUAGGGUUGUAUGAAAGUGGAACAGCUUCCAGAAUGCUUGAGAAAUUAUGUUGGGGUUGGUUUUUUUACUGUCAUUCUAUGAACAAAUGUCAUGCUGUGUUUUUUUAAAGCGUGUACUAUGAAGUUCCAUUUAAUACAGUGGUACAUCAGGUAAAGUACUUAAUUCGUUCCAGAGGUCCAUUCUUAACCUGAAACUGUACUUAAUCUGAAGCACCACUUUAGCUAAUGGGGCCUCCUGCUGCCGCCGCACCGCCAGAGCACGAGUUCUGUUCUUAUCCUGAAGCAAAAUUUCUGGGUUAGCGAAGUCUGUAACCUGAAGCGUAUGUAACCUGAAGUGUAUGUAACCUGAGGUACCACUGUACAAUACAAAACAGUAUUUUCAACCUGUGUGCUGGAAGAGAGACAUGGACUCAGGAAACCCUGUUCUGUAUUACGCAGAAUAGUUUUUGGAAAAGGUUGCCUUUCACUAAGGACUCUUCUACAAAGAUAAACAGUGGGAAGGUUAAUAGGCCAUAAGAUUGGAGUGUGUUUUAUGUGGUGGUUUUUAAUCUAUGGUUUUAUGUGAUGCAUUCUGCCCACUCCUAGAAAGUGGAUGUUAACUGAGUGAGCUGGAGGUGUUAAAAGAGUCAGGCUGAGAGUAGGCCUAAACCGUACCACAUAUAAUACUAAGUCAAGCAAAUCCUAGAGAGGAUAAAGGGAGCCUUUCGAAGUCACUUGCUAGUAUAAAAAAUGGGGUUUCUUGAAAUGCAUAAGGCCUCUGGACUUGAAUGUGUUCUGUACUGAUUAAUGAAUAACUUCCUAGUGUACUUCCUUUUAAACAUAAUGAAAAUGUAUUUUUGUCUCUAAAUACACUGCCCCUUCAGUGUUCAAUAACUAAUAGUCAGGACACAUCUUCUAGGUCACCGAAUCAUAGUGUCUGGUAUUCUCAUCAAACAGCUGCAGAAGCUUCAGUUAAUAAAGGCAUAACAAAUGUUGCUCUCCUGGGAGACAUUCCUUUCUCCCUAAGUAGUACCAGCCAGCUUUCAAUUAAGGGAGAACAUUUACAUUUCUCCCCUCUUCAAAUACUCCUGCAGUUGGUUUUCCUUAUGGAAGAUUCCAGAACUACAUUAAAAAAAACCAAAAACCAAAAAAAGACUUGCAGGCUUGUCCAUUACAAUUAUGUAAGACCCAAAACUGCCCAGCCACAGGCUUCCUGAGCUUUGCCUUGUGUCCUGGGCUUUAAGCCAGAGACUCCAAGCAAAGCUCAAAGCCCAAGGCAUAAGCUGUGUCCACGUUCCCAUUUACUGCACACUUGCUGCGUUUCCAGUGCUGUCUCUGUAAUCUAUGAUUGUGGGGUGUUAUUCAAAAUUCAUAUAUAUCCUGUACUUUGUUGUAACCUACUAAAGACUGGUGUGUUCUCGCUCAAGCCAUCUUCCCACUGACUGGCGUCUUAAGUUCAUACCUAACCUAGCCAUUUAAGGGGUAAACACCUUAGCAUAGGGCAAAGACACCCCUGCCCUGUCAGUGCCCUCCUGCCCCUGGUGUGUACAAAAACAGAAAACACAAUGGAAGCCUUGCUGGGGUGAGGAGCUGUGAAACAAAUGGGGAGGGGAACAUCAUUGCACUUUAAGGCAGUAUUGAGAACACACCCUUAUGUGACAAGCACAGCUAGGUUGCGGUGGGGGGCAGCGGUUUUGGGGGGAGUCACCCUAGACAGGUUUGCUGUAUACAAAUCCCAUGCUAUGGAAAGAGUGCAACUGCAGAUUGAGCAGCCUGAAUCAUGUGUGUGAAACCUUGCCAAUGUCAACUUCCACCUGCAAUUCCGUGCUUGGGAGUAAGCACCAUUGAAACACUGGGGCUUGCCUUUGAGUAGACCUGUCCAAUGGAGCAACUCUUGUAAGUUGUAAAUACUAAAUAAAUGCAUAUUUUUAUUUUCCGCAAGUGACGUUUUUAAAGUAAAGAAAUAUGGAAAAGCCUAAUCAUUUUUUAAGCUGCCUAUUAUGAUGUAUUUGCUUUCCUGGUCUAUUACAGAAAUGCAAUACAGUGGUGCCCCGCAAGACGAAUGCCUCGCAAGACGGAAAAACCGCUAGACGAAAGGGUUUUCCGUUUUGAAGUUGCUUCGCAGGACGAAUUCCCCUAUGGGCUUGCUUCGCAAGACGAAAAUACCUUGCGAGUCUUGAGAUUUUUUUUUCGCUUUUCCCCCCCUUAAUCUAAUCUGCUAAGCCUUUAAUAGCCUUUAAUAGCCUUUUAGCAGCUAAUCCCCUAAGCCUUUAAGCCUUUAAUAGCCGCUAAACCGCUAAUAGCGCUAAUAGCGCUAAUCCGUCAAUGGGCUUGCUUCGCAAGACAAAAAAACCGCUAGACGAAGACUCUCGUGGAACGGAUUAAUUUCGUCUUGCGAGGCACCACUGUAUAAGGUUCCUCCUUUCGUCCUGCCUCCAUUUCCUGUCCUGCUUUCUCAUGUUCCUUUAUUGGUAAAAUUACUGGUUGGCACAUGCAUUCCAAAAGUGAGGUUGGAGGCCAUUGGAGCCUGCCAGUCAGUCUUGCUGGGGUUGUCCCAUCUCCAGAACUAGGGGACAUGAAGUACAGUAUUUGAAAUUAUGCUGUCUUCAUCCUGUUUUCUGAACAAUAUUGUUUCUUUCACAAUGUGGAGGUGGAGAUGGGAAAUUGUUUAAUUUUUGUUGUGUACUUUCAGAUGUUUAUUUAUUGCUUAUAACUACUUUUGUUAUGCUUGUAAUUGGGUUUUCUCGUUGCAAGCUGGCUGGAGCAUGGUUUUAACUAUGGGAAUAAGUGCUUUUUUCCUAGGAAAAUAGGUGCCGGUACUCACCAUAAAGUUGUUACAGUAAGUGUCCCACUUUUUAACAACAACAGCAAGAGGUGAGGAUACUGCAGACCCUUGAUUACCCCCUGUAAAAAAGCACAUAUGGGAAUUAUAUAUGUAUUAUAUGUGUAUGAGAUUAAAUGGGUGAAACCCUGAACAGCAGUACUCCUCACUGCUAAAUUCCCAUUCUUGUUUGUUUUAACAAGCACCUAUUUCAUGCUCUAAACAGAGGCAAUGAAGACAUGAUGCUUAUGUCAAGCAGUAGUAAUAAUUGGAACGGGUACUCUCUUGUCAGUCAGAAGGCAGUGCCUUCAGCAGUCACAAUGCAUUUUCUGUCUAAUGCUCAUUUGCUUGUGUAAACCUGUCAAUCAAUCACAUUUUAAAUUACAAAAGCAAAAGACUCCCCCGUCCUCUUCAUAAUGCCUGUCACAAUGUUUGGAUCUUUUCUCAGUGUCGGCGCUUCCGACGUGUGUCAUGGGUGGGAGACUCAGCUUAGCAAUGAAGUCACUGGAUUCUAAGAAACGUUGCAUGAACAAGUUGCAAAGACAACCCGAGUGAACCAGGAAGGCUUCAUCCAAAUAACUGAGUCAAUUGUAUUUUGGGUUGUGAGUGUGGUUUUAUAUGCACACUAUCGCUCUGGCAAUAUCUUGACCACACCCCAGGAUCACCAGUCUGAGGAUGCUUCAGCCCUGAUCUUGGUGAUUUAUGCGGCCUCACUUUGCCAUGACCCUAAUUCUGUUACCAUUUUGCCAACAGGUGUUUGUUGCCUGCCAUAGCCUUCUGCAGCUGGCCCAGCUCCUCUACAGUGCCUACUUCAAGAGCAGCCUGACAACCAUCGAGAAACGCUUUGGCCUCUCCAGUUUGUCCUCUGGCUUUAUCUCCAGUUUGCAUGAGGUAAGUGUGUGAGGCAUGCCAGUUCAACAUAAAGCUAGUGGAACUGGUCAUCCUGCCUCAUUACUCCCUGUGUUUCCCUGACCUUAGUUUAGGUACCUGUGGUUAUGCAGUCAUUGCUGAUGAAGUAAUAGAAGGACGAUAGUUCACACUCCAGAUAACCGAGAAGACCUUCUUCUACUGCUUCUUACAUCAUUGAGGCCAUGAGUGUAUAAUAAUAAUAAUAAUAAUAAUAAUAAUAAUAAUAAUAAUAAUAAUAAUUUAUUAUUUAUACCCCGCCCAUCUGGCUGGGUUUCCCCAGCCACUCUGGGCGGCUUCCAACAAAACACUAAAAUACAAUAACCUAUUAAACAUUAAAAGCUUACCUAAACAGGGCUGCCUUCAGAUGUCUUCUAAAAGUUUGCUAGUUAUUUUUCUCUUUGACAUCUGGUGGGAGGGCGUUCCACAGGGCAGGUGCCACUACCGAGAAGGCCCUCUGCCUGGUUCCCUGUAACUUGGCUUCUUGUAGUGAGGGAACUGCCAGAAGGCUCUUGGCGCUGGACCUCAGUGUCCGGGCAGAACGAUGGAGGUGGAGACACUCCUUCAGGUAUACUGGACCCAGGCCGUUUAGGGCUUUAAAGGUCAGCACCAACACUUUGAAUUGUGCUUGGAAAUGUGCUGGGAGCCAGUGUAGGUCUUUCAAGACCGGUGUUAUAUGGUCUCGGCGGCGGCUCCCAGUCACCAGUCUAGCUGCCGCAUUCUGGAUUAGUUGUAGUUUCCGGGUCACCUUCAAAGGUAGCCCCACAUAGAGUGCAUUGCAGUAGUCCAAGCGAGAGUUGACUAGAGCAUGCACUGCUCUGGCGAGACAGUCUGCGGGCAGGUAGGGUCUCAGCCUGCAUACCAGAUGAGCUGAUAAACAGCUGCCCUGGACACAGAAUUGACCUGCGCCUCCAUGGACAGCUGCGAGUCCAGAAUGACUCCCAGGCUGUGCACCUGGUCCUUCAGGGGGACAGUUACCCCAUUCAGGACCAGGGAGUCCUCCACACCCUCCCAUCUCCUGUCCCCCCAAAACAGUACUUCUGUCUUUUCAGGAUUCAACCUCAAUCUGUCAGCCGCCAUCCAUCCUCCAACCGCCUCCAGACCACUCACACAGGACCUUCACCGCCUUCACUGGUUCUGAUUUGAAAGAGAGGUAGAGCUGGGUAUCAUCCGCAUACUGAUGAACACCCAGCCCAAACCCCCUGAUGAUCUCUCCCAGCGGCUGCAUGUAGAUGUUGGAAAGCAUGGGGGAGAGGACAGAACCCUGAGGCACCCCACAAGUGAGAGCCCAGGGGUCUGAACAUUCAUCCCCCACCUAUAGCCUAUCGUAUAACGAUAGGCUAUACGAGGGAGAGAUAGUUUUUAAGAAGGCAAACUGGAUGCUGCCUUGGAAUGACACUUAGUGAGGACAAUUCCUUCCGAAACAAGAAUGCUGGGAAGUGGGGGGGCAGUGGGAAAGAAUGAUUUUGAGGCCUUGGGGCCUGCUGCUUUCUGACUGUUUCCCUGAGAAAGAGGAGAGCCUGACCUACCUUUCUGUGCAAUGGAGUGCUGCUACACCCAUGGGUUUAAUAGAUAUGUGCUUUCUUCCAGGCCCUCAGAAGUGGUGCCGCAUCUGGUGUGUAAUGCUGCAUUACACGUUAAUUAAUGCUAUAUUAAAAGAAAGUGAAAACCCCCCAAUUUGUUAUGGAGCUGUGAGUCAGACCAUUACAGCAUCCCCUGCACCAUCCAAAACUAAUGUCUAGAACUUUACACACGGUGAUAGCCUUUAUUAUAGCAGCACCUUUGUAGUACCCCCAUAAUUAAGAUUAUGUCAGUGUUUCCCAUGAGAAAUCCCUCUUUCCCCGGGGAUGGAGUCAACAUCAUUCAUGGAACCCAGCCAACAGCAACGGCUUUUGCUGCUUCGGUUGUGGUUUUGCUCUGCUUCCUUUGCCCUGCUUUCGAAUCCAGGAGACCCUCCAACUCCAGUUCUUUCCCAUUCCCUUUCUGAAACAUUUUCUGCAGCCUUUGCUUCCCAUAAUUCUCUGCAUUGCACUUUGGCUGGCAGGUUUAGAGCCCUCUCCCCUUUCCUAACCUCUAAACCAGGCAUCCCCAACCUGUGACCCUCCAGAUGUUUUGGCUUACAACUCCCAUGAUCCCUAGCUAGCAGGACCAGUGGUCAGGGAUGAUGGGAAUUGUAGUUGAAGACAUCUGGAGGGCCGAAGGUUGGGGAUGCCUGCUCUAAGCUCUGCGGCUUUGGGGCUGCUUAAUUUUCUCAGCUUGUUUAUAAGUACUUCUAAUACACUAGGAAAUUAUCCUCCUGCGGGAAAUGACUCCUAGCAUCUUUUUGUCAUUUCCAGCACAGACUUCCCUUUGAAACAGAUCAGGAGGAGCAGAAGCUUUAGAUACUUUUGUGCUCUGGGAUCCAAAACUAUCAGAAAUGUCAGAGGCACAUCUGCAGUGCAGAAUCCUGCAAAGGGCCAUUGACAGCCAGAGGUUAAAAUGGGGACCAUUUUGCUUUCGCUGCCUCCAAGCAGGAAAAGACAGCAGGACGUAAACAGGCGGUCUGGACCGAUCCAAAGUUCUUGUCCAUCGGAUAUUCCUGUCCAAGAAGAGCAAAACAGUCUUAAUACCAGUGCAGCAGUGACUGCAAUACAGUCUCCCAUCUACUUACCCACCAACAGUAGGCUGCCCUUGACUUUGAAUUUCUCCAUGUGGUACUGUUUUGCAGUGGCUGGUGCUAUAAUAUAGUUCUGGCUCUGCUUGAGCAGUUUUCAAGUUGGAACUUGGCCCCUAGUGACUCAAUCAGGAACAGCUUUGAUUUUUAAGCUUGAUAUUUGGCAAAGCACCUGGAGCCUGGCAAGCGACGCUAUCAAAUUCUAGGGGGAAGCACAAAAUAGGUGUGUUAAUUAGCCGGGGCUCUGCUGCGUUUGCACAGUUUGUACUGUCAGCGUGCGAAGAGCACGCGAACCGCACUUGGGCAGAAAUAUAAAAUGGAUGGGGCCUGAAGUAAACAUGAGCCUCUGGGCCUGGCACAAGCAGAAAGCAGAGCAGAACCGACAUCCAAGGGCCCAGCAGUUAGCCAUCAGGGUGAGCAGCUCUGGUUCACAUAGCACUGCGAGGGAAAGCGUUUGCCAAAGCCUCACACUUAACUGAGAACAUAAGACCAGUUAAACUGUGCUGUGUUAGCGUGACUGUCCAUCUGUUUAGAUUUGUUUCCCACUCCUUUCUCUGAGGGCUGUUCUAGAAAAAAUCACUCCUAGUGGUUCUCACCCUGUUGCUGCCUCCAGCAUCAACCACUUCCAGAGACUUGAGAGGAAGCCCAUAAACAUGUCAGUCGCAACCCACUUCUCUUUGAACGCCCAUGGGAUACAUGGACAGAAUGCAAAAAUCAAAGCUGAACAGUUCUUCAGGGCAAGCCCAAGCACUGGACAGAGCGAGGCAGCUCUGAGGUGGCAAAACCCCCCUGAAUCCUCUAAGCUGCCUGGCCUGCUCCACCAAAGGUAGCUUGCUGCCUUCAGGUACAGAGAAGGUUACAGUCCUGCUGGUGGUGUUGAGGUAAGAUUCACCUGCCAGUCUAGUUGGAUGCACCUUCUUGUCCUUUUAGGUCAGGGAGCAAAAUAUCUUGGAGCUGGCCCUGCAGUCCCCAGUGUUAUACCUCUUGGGCCAUCCAUAUUUCCUACUUUAUUCGGGACUCUAAAUCGCUGCUUCUGCGACUCUUUCUACCUAGCUAGAGAAGCAGCUACUUCAAUGAGCAUCUUUAUGGACUUCUCCCUAAGUAGUAGGAGUAAUAGAACUUGCCCAGAGGGCAAAAUAAGAGCAAAUAUUGAUUAUGCCCCAUUAUAUCGUGGUAUAUGUGUCUGAAACUAGAUCACAUUUUUAAACGUUUCUUUUGUCAGAUAGGCAGUGUAGGCAGCAUCAUUGACCUCGAUUUACAUUGAGAUCUCUAAUACUGAGGCCGAUUUAUUAUUAUUAUUAUUAUUAUUAUUAUUAUUAUUAUUACUUUAAAAGAUUCAAGGGCUGUACCUUUUUCCCUGUGGGAAAGAUCCUGAUUACUUUUUGUAUGUUGACAUUUUUUGUUGAAGUUUUAAAAAAAGCAUAGGGUCAGAUUCAACCAACCCAUUCUCAAGGGGCUGCUACCUCAAUGAGGUUUCCCCCCCUUCCACCACCACCCGUGUUUCCCCCAAAUCUUCUUUCCCCCAAACAGUAUGUAGGGUGAGGGAAAGGAGAGGUCGUUUCAUAGGACAAGCAGAAGUGUUUGUGCUGAUGGAACGGUCUCCUUAAGGCUAUGCUGAAUUACACCUAUUGUUUUUUACCUUUUACCUUAGAAGGAUUUGUAUCCUGAAAAGUAAGGUAGAAUUAAUGGUAAUAAAUAGCUAGGUAGCUAAAUAAAUAAAUAACAUAAAAAGCUGCCUUGGCAUUGGUUGGUCUAGCUCAGUAUUGUCUACACUGAUUGGCAGAGGCAUUCCAGGAUUUCAGACCCUGUUCUCUCCCAGCCCCAACUGGAGAUGGAACCUGGGAACUCCUAAUUACAAAAAGCAUGUUCUCUGCCACUGAGCCACAGCUCUUCCCUUCUUUGACAUGAGUGUGCAAGAGCCAUUAAACAAAACAAACUCUGGUGCCCUGAAAUGCUCUAACCAGGUCCUGAAACACAUUGCUCCAUUCACAGCAGGGGACACAGGAAAUUCUUCAGUACUUUUAUGCAAAAAAGAUGUUGUCUUGUAGUUGGGAAACCUUCAUGGUGUCCACUUUGUGGUAGAUUCCUUGGGCAGUCAUAUAUCUGUGGCCAUUCCAACCCACAAGUAGUUAUCUUUCCCAUCCAUUUGGAAUACAUUUGCUUUUGCUUCCAGACACUUUCAUACUUUUAUAUGGGGCUCCCCUUCCUGACUCUCUCUGGGAUUAUAAAGUUUUUCUCAUUUAUUUGUUAGAUUGGUUCCAAAAGCCGCAAAACCAGGGAGGGGAGCCCAUGUAAGCAUAUAAGAAAGGAAACUUGGGCACAAUUACUGUAGUUUCAAAUGUUAAAUUAGUCUGAAAGUCUGGACCUAGCCAGUGCAAUUCUAACUUUAUGUAACCCGCACGUUAUGGCUAACCAUUACAUCUCAUGCAACAUGUAAAUGUUUUGAGACAACAAGGGAAUUGUCUCAUGCCAAACCCAUAGAUCCACAUACUUCCAAACAGAUUUUAAAAUCCAGACCCUUUAACAGACACCAAGAGGACUGAUUUGAAUCACAUGUCUACAUUCUUGCGCAGUACUGACCAUUCAAGAAUGCAUUCAGGGGGUGUUGAACUAUGCAUAGGGCAGAUCCUUACUUUAGUGUAAGCCAACAUCUUCAACUGAGCUGUGUUGGCCUGCAUUAUGUGGAAAAAAAUUGGCGCAAAUGAAUUCUAGAUUGUUUAGCAAUAAUGUUUGUUUGGGGCCAUUAUUGGUACAUGAAGAUGUUUAACAUGAAGAUGUUGCCACAGUCCAAAUUUACACAAUAAUCUGAUUGGACGUCACUAUUUAGGUACAUACCAAUUAAACAUUUGUGUUCCACAGAGCAGAAGUACCUUUAGCAUCUCUUUUAUUUCAAAAAUAAUAGAAAUGAAUGCUGUAUGUUGAUUUUUUUUCUAUUGUAAAUAUCUCUGGUGAGAUCAUACUUACAUCUAAUGCUCGCAUUGUGUGUGAGUGUUUAAUGUAUAAAAUGAAUUCCUUCAUUUAAACGCUCCAGAGAAUUUAUUAAAUACAAUCUCAGAAAUACAUUUGCAUUUGUUGGUUAUCCUGCUGCUUUAUUGCUUUUCAACCAUAAUAAGUGAAUCGUGGGCACUUGACAUUUGGAAAGUGUCAUGUGUUUAAAAGAACCACGCUACCCUGCUUUUUCCUUUAAAUGAUCAUAGGUAUUGCUUUCACCCAGGGGAAUGUUCAACAUAGGCAUGUUUACUUUCGGUUGCUAGUGCAUCAAGCAGUGACUUGCACGUGCGAAUCAGCCCUCACAGAUCAAAUAACCAGAACACAUCACAGAUAGGAGCUUCAUAUGGUCUUGGAUGCAGUGCUUCCAAUAGAAUAAUUUGCAUUAAUCUUUAGACCAUCAAAUGUUGAGUAAUCUUGUUGUAUGUGAACUGGCCCUUAGCCCUUCUAAUCCUUUGCUCUGAACUACCAUCCAGUUAAUCUAUUUCUUUCUGCCUUCUCCACUGUUGUGUUCCUUUUCCAUACUGUUCUUUUUUGUUUGCCUUUGCUUUUGGCCCCCAAUUGAUUUUGGGUGGCGGAUGCUGCUGAAGAGCUAUUGGUUUAGCACAGACAACAAAGCUGUUUUAAAUGCACUCUCCCUUCGUACACAAUAACUUGUGAGCUAUGCCUGCUAUUUACAUCAUCCUGAUUAUUUACACUGCUGUAUCCUGAAGACGCCUCACCAGCAAUACAAGGUCUUAGAUGAUAAAGAUGGCUGAGCCACUCUUUCCCAAUUCUGUACUGCCCAUCCCAUUUCUAGCAAGCUAGGGGUUCGGAGAGCUCUCUUCUUGUCGCUGCUGUAGCCUGUUUUAAGCUACACCCAGCCACAACACUUUGGUCCUACAAAAGAUACAUAGGAGAUGUUUUACAGCCUCUAUUCCAGGGGUCAGCAACCUUUUUAGGCCAGUGAAAUUUUGAGAGAGUCCCAAAUUUUGAGCCUGGAAUAAUGCCAAAUGAGUACCAUGAUUUGGGGUGGGGGGCAGCAUAAUGCAACGCCAAAUGACUGCCAUAGGGGUAUGGCAGAAUGGUUGUGGCAUCUCCCCUAAACAGCACUCAUCAGCCGCUGCCACCCUCACAGACAGGACACUUUUGUCCCUGUUCAGAACAGAAAUGUGGGCAUGAUUAAGGGGACAUGUUCAGUGUGGGAGAGGCUGAGCCAUGCAAACAGAAACUACGCGGAAAGAGCAAACAGUCUUUCUUGUGUUAUGGAUUGUUGAAAGGAUGUUUACUGAGAUCUUUUACUGAGACUGACACUCGUGGGUGUCACGUUGCCAAACCCUGCUCUACUCUACCUGUAAGCAUUUUUCUCAUUGGGGAAUACCAUGAAGCCUGCCUCUUUGUAUGUCUUCAGGAAAAAAAUUGCUACCUCGUACACAAAAAGCAGAGGUGGGCCAUCCCAGAAUAAACUAAACUCAGAAGUAAAAGCAGAGACACUGAGGUGCCUCCUUGUCUGGUUGGUGUCUUCUUUCAGGUCUGUUUUGACGUUCUCAUCUGUGCACUUUUAUGUCUCCACAGAUCGGGAAUGUUGUCCUCAUCAUCUUUGUGAGCUACUUCGGCAGCCGAGUCCACCGGCCUAGGAUAAUUGGCCUGGGAGGCCUGCUGUUGGCACUGGGGGCCUUCCUUCUCACUCUUCCACAUUUUCUCUCAGCCCCAUAUCAAUACACCACAGCACAAACCAGUAUGUAUAUUUCCAAAUAUCUCUUAUGCCUCAGCCCUUCUCUGCUCUGAUGGCUAGGGACUUUGUGAAACUAUGUUUGCUGUGUCCUCAUAGUGGCUUACAUAAAUUAAUAAAACAUAGGCUCCCAUCUGCACGAUACCUUUAAAGCAGUAUCAUACCGCUGGGAACAGUCAUGGCUGCCCCCAAAGAAUCCUGGGGAAUGUAGUUUCUUCAGGGUGUAUAGUGCAGAUGGGACCUUAGUCAAGGUCUAUGCGACAGCAGUUUUGCUUCAGAAUCCUUGGUAGCUUAGUUCUCACAGUAUCCUGUGAGGUAGGUAUGUUAUUCUCCCUGGGAAAUUAAGCCUGCAAAUGCAGUUGCACAUUAGAGGCACUUGGCUUUUACCCAUCCAGGCUUCCAACGUCCCCCGAGGCAUGCUGCGGUCUCUGUGCAAUGACUUGCCUGUCAUGGGUGUGCCAAACCAGAUCAUUGCCAAGGGAGCCCAAGGCAAUGAAUGUUUUGGUUCAUGUCUUGUGUCAGUGGAUGCUGCUCUGCGUCGAAUUGCUUCUUUUAAAGUGUCACUAUUAUCUGACGCCACCAAAAAUGUGCAGGGCUGCUACCUGAUGAUGGAUUGGUUAGCAUAGCAUAGCUGCUCAGUAUAUGCUUUUUCCUCUGCCAGAAUCCUGUAUCGGGGAAAGCGAGGGGUGGCGCUCACACCAAUGAUCACAGGAUCGGCUUUGCUUCCUUGCAUUCCCCCUCACCCAAUUUCCUUUCAUGCCAGGUAGCAAAGCCAUGAUCCCCUCUGGCCAUGAAUGGCACCGGCAUGUUUGUUGCUUCUGCUGGCACCAGCCAGCAUUAGUUGACACGGUGCCAGGCAUUUGUUUGCAAAUCAGGCUUGUCACCAUCUUCUCUGCAAAGAAAGAGACGUGUGAAAGUUGGGGGAACGAUUCCUCCAGGAAGGUUGGCACAUACAUGUGGCUCCUUCAAUACCUUCUAAUCAUAGAAUAUAAUCAGGUAAUAACAACUCUUAGUUCUGCUGUCAUGAUAUUUAUCUGUAGCAUAGCCAGGAAGUAAGCUUGAAAAACAUUGUUCCCACUUGCCUUCCAAAAAGGGGGGAAAUCAAGGCGUCAAAAGUUGUUGGCAAGCUCAGGAAUUGCAUCCGAGUUCCCUUAAAACCUACACCACAGCUUCUCCUUUUUGAAUUAUGCCCAUGGGGAAAAAAGCAUAGCAGAAUACGUCAUGGAAUUGAAGAUGAUUGUGGAUUUUGCAGGAAAGAUCUUGCGAGUGGGAUCCAGCAGGAGUUUGCUAUCUAGCACAUGGAUCUGUCCUGUAGCAUCUACACAGAUUUUUACUUCUAGACUAACGUUUCUCCAUGGAAUUUAGUCCAAAAUCACAACCACUGUUGUCUGCAGUGGGUUGACUGCUGCUUCAUAAAUGGCCAGAGGAAAGACUAAUCCCAAUGACAACAUGAAUUCAUUGUAGUCAAAGGGAAUAUGUUAUCAGUUGUUGCAAACAUAUUGGUAACAUUCUUGCUAUAUAAAUAAGGUUCACCUUAAAAAAAAUACACAUACUCCAGACUGCAUUGUAUUCAACUAACUUUUACUUGAAGUACACCCAUUGGGAUGAAUGAACCUAAGUUAGUCUUGGUCAUUGGUUUUAAUAAGACUACUCUGAGUAAAGGUUAGUUAAAUACAAUGGUCUAUGUGUGCAGGAUGAAUUUUCUGAUGUUUAGAUUUUUCACACCAAGAUUAGACAUCUCGAGGGAUUUUUAGAAGAUGUCCCAGUUUGCCACAAUUAUCAGAAGAGUCUAUAUCUAAUCCUUCUUAAAGAAACAACAGUUUUAUUAUUUUUAAACUUGGUGGAAUCCUUAAAUAAGCAAACUUUCAUUAUACAGCACAGAAUCCUAUACAGUGAAGUGGGUUGCAGUGUUGAACAGGGUAUCUCAGGGUCAAACUACCCAUUACUUUAUAUGCAUUUUUUAUUUCAGUGAUUGGGAGUUCACACGCUUAACAAAAACAAAAGCGGCAUUGGGGGCCCCAGUGCUAUGGGCCUGGGGAGAAAGGUUUAAUCAUUUGCCCCAUGUCAUUUUCUUGGUAAAAAUUACCCCAAACUGCUAUUUGCUGCUACUUUUUAUUUCAAAUGUUCUCUUAACUUGUGCAGAUACAUUUAUAGAACCCUGUAAGCAGAAGCUCUGCACAACAGGGUUUUCCCCCUCUCCUGCCCCUGCGUGCCCCCAAAUUGGGGGGGGGUGCAUGAGAGAGAGAGAGAGAGAGAGAGAGAGAACCCCCUGAACAACAGAGAUAUGAGGGGGGAUUGUUCCAUCUGGCAAGCUGAUAUGUUAGUAAAGACAGAACAUUUGUAAUAUGCCACCCAUUGGCAUUAUUGCUUCUCAACACAUUAACCUCUAAUACAGUCUUACUUACACUACUGCUGAGGAAUAGUUACAUGAAUUCACAUAGUAAUAUAGUUCACGUUUAUUUAAAUGUAAAGUGCUUAAAUAUCAUUAAAUGCAAGAUCUUAAACACUCACAGCAGUAUAUUAAUUUGUAUUGCAACAACUAAUGGGGUGGCUUCAUUUUUAUGGCUAGGCCCCUGGCAUCCUCUUGUAAGAAGGUUUGUUUCUUGUUCUGAACCCAAAGCCCUCAUUUACCAUUUUAAUAUCCCCAUGCUCAGAAAUAUAUUACUCUCCACACACUUAGCCAAAGGCAUAACUUAGGCCAGUUGUGUGUACCAGGGCAGGAAAUAAUGAAGCUCUCUGUUUUCCAUUAUGUCCUCCUAGAUUUGCUUACCAAUUCUUUAUUAAGUGGCAGGAACCAAAGAUGGGAGCAUUUAUAUAAACAAAGAAACCUCAAAACCUUGGUAUAGCUGGCAUUUCUCUUCUCAUUUACCCCAAACCAGUUUCACUUACAAAAAUUCUAUUUUGGCAGACGAUAAGUUUAACAUGCCCCCCAUGGCAAUUGAAUUUAUGGAAGUAAAUCUAAGAUAGUUAAGAAGGUCCCAGAGUUCUGAAAAUACAUUCCAGCCUUGUGUAAUAAGGGUUUUGUAAUGAACAUGUACAGGAAUGUUUGUGGUAGUGUAGAGAAGUAUGUGGAAAGUGAUGUUGCAUUAGCUGAAAGCCCAAAAUUACCUGGUCAACAUUUUUGUUUCAGCUCUUUUAUACAAUCAAAGUACCACAAGUCUUCUCGGCCACUCGUUAAGUGCUCUGGCUUGACGGGAAUAGUGGAACAGUUGUAAAAAUGAACAAAUAAUGAGGCACAAGAUGUAUGAGAACUGACAUGUGUGGCAAGGACACUGCAUUUGUUUUAAUUUUGCAUUGGAUGUGGGUUCCUAGACGCCUCCAGAUAUUUAAGCAUUGUUUUCUUCACUCUAAAAGGCACUUCAAGUACUCUGAUUAAUAGAUUGGAAUUGGUUUCCUGCUCCCCUAUGAACAGCUUGUUCACCAUGAAAGCUAAUUUGUAAUUUGAAAGCAAAUAGGAGUCCUGGACAAACCACCCUUAUUCCUCCUUCAAUAAUUCUCUGGUUGGCGUCUGAUGUUUUCUCCUCCCCACACCACCCACAAAAUACACUGAUAUAGGUUUGUUCAAAGCUCUUUCUGAACUUAUCCCUGUAAGCAGUGUUGUGGUAAUACCUUGAAAGAAAAAAAGGUGGUGACAGCUGCUAAUUAAAUUGAGGAAGUUUUACAGUUCUGGCAGGUCUUCCGAAUCCAGGAAUGAGGGGUUGUUAAGGAAGCCUAAGGAUGCAUUUCACUUAAAAGAGUUCUGUUGCUAUUGCCGCAAACUGUAAGGUGCUGUAUAUAAAAGAUUGGGCCAGGUACAAAGGACCACACAUGGGCCUCUGCAUGAGCUUUUGCAUAGGAACAUAGGAAGCUGCCUUAUGGCACAUCAGACCCUUGGUCUAUCUAGCACAAUAUUACCUACACCAGGCAUAGGCAAACUCAGCCCUCCAGAUGUUUUGGGACUACAACUCCCAUGAUCACUAGCUAACAGGACCAGUGGUCAGGGAUGAUGGGAACUGUAGUCCCAAAACAUCUGGAGGGCCGAGUUUGCCUAUGCCCGACCUACAUACUGACUGACAGAUGCUCUCCAGGGUUUCAGGCAGGCUGUCUCUCCCAGCCUUACCUGAGAUGCCAGGGAUUGAACCUGAGAGCUUCGGCAAUCAAAGCAGGUGUUCUACAGGUCUUUCAGCCUUCCCCUUCCAGUGGCUGUCCCAAAAGGUCCCCCCCCCUCCAAGGUGGGUGCAAGAAAGAAAAAUCAGCUCCCUCUCCAACUGCGUGUGGAAGUGCUUUGCAUGCCUGUCUAUAGGCCAACCAUAGAUCUAAUGUCCCCUAGGCUAUGUUCUGAAUAUGAGUUGCAGGGAAUCACAAGAAGGGGCAGUGCUGUUGCACUCAGUCCUGUUUGUGAACUUCCUAUAUGCAUCUGGUUGGCCGACGUGAGAACAGGAAGCUGGGCUAUGAUGGACUUUUAGUCUGAUCCAGGAGGGUUUUUCCUGUGUUCAUGUUCACUUUUAGUCAUUUGGGCCCUAAAGGUGCUUAGAAAUUGGUGGGGUAUCUUGAUUGUCCCCAUCUGUACUGCUCCCCAUUUGUUUGCUGUGUACCAGGGCACCUGCAGUGAAUCUUGAGUGUGACCUAAGCUAGACCUGCAGGCAACAUGUGAACUUGCACAGGCAACAUCCCUGCAAAGUGAUUCUCAAACUGUGAGGCUUUGCUUUGCUGCUUCUUUUUCUUUUGCAAUGACAAAUUAUGUUUCCAGCACCAGACUUUAGAUCAGACUUGGGUACAGUGGCCUGGGAGUUCCCACAUUGUUUGUUUUUCCUAUUAAUUCCUCACCCCCAUCAUUUUGUUCCAAGAUGCAGGUAACAAGAGCGGAAGUGCCAGAACUGAGCUCUGCAACAACAACGAAUUUGUGUGUCCAAGCACCAACGUGAGUGUCCAGGCCGAGGACAGCACCAUGUGGGCAAUAAUGGUAGUUGCACAGCUGUUGGCAGGAAUUGGGACAGUCCCCAUCCAGCCUUUUGGGAUCUCCUAUGUGGAUGACUUUGCUGAGCCAAACAACUCUCCCUUGUAUAUAGGUAAGCCCUUUCCCUGGGAAGGUGUACUUACUGUAGCAGGGUUGCACCUUACCAUCCAGCUUACAUUGCCUUGCUAUCCAUGUCUUUGCAGCAGGCGGAGUGGGGAAUCUGCUGUUUAGGAAAUGUCUUUCCAUUGCUCGCACUGAAGAGCUGCUUCUGAUGCAGCUCAUCGGUCCUGCAAUGAAAAUCGCUAUGUUGGAAGGACUUGACAAGCCAUCCUUAGUUGUGUGACUGACAUGGCUAUGUUGAGAGUGCCAGUUUUUCUUUCUCCUCUCAAUGUGAUGGUGUUGGAGAGAUUUAGGGGUGCCCUUCUGUGCAUGAAAACUGUAGUGUUUGCCGAAAUGAUUUCUUCUUCUAGGAGAGCUGAAGUAGUGCACUAAGAGUCGCACAUGGCCAGGCAUUUACUGGGGCUCAUGCGCCCUGAUCCUGCCCACCAGGGCUAAUUCCUUGCCUGGAUCCCCCUUGACCCUAGUGCACUUCUAACAGCAGUAUUCUAGCAGCCACCAAACCUCUUCCUCUAGCCCUGCUUGUGAGUGGACUUAUUUAGCAACUGCAGCAGCAGCACUAUAAUGGGCUUGGGGGCAGAGUGGCUGCUUUUGCUCCAAGCCCAUUACAGCACUGCCACAGAAUAAGACCUCCCUGUCAUGCUCCUGGUUGGGCUUAGCCAGCAGCAGCGCCUGGUCACCCCACAUGAGGGGGAAGGCAAGGCUGGUGGCUGCAUCAGCAAUGCUAUGGGGUUCACAUGGCUGUAGAUACCUCUGCAGCGGGGUGGGAUAGGCCGGUCAGCGCUGGGGGCCACAGAGUCCCUCAAAAUCUGGAACUUCACCUGCUUAGGCAGAAACUGUAGUAGGAGAUCACAGAGAGAAGUCAUACUGCCAGUGCUGUGGGGCAGUUUUGGUGCAUAGCUGUCAAUGUUUCCCUUUUUUAAAAGGGAAAUUCCCUUAUUCCAAAUAGGAUUCCUCGCAAGAAAAGGGAAAAGUUGACAGCUAUGUUUUGGUGAGCUUUUUAAAUUUUUAUUUUCAAAAGAGGGCAGAGCUGGAUUCAAUUGUUAACUUUAAAAAAAAAAAAAUGGCGUGGAGUGAAAAAUUCUCACCACCACCACCACCACCACCACCCAACCACCUUCCUAUCAUAGAUCUUAAACCACUGAUUUAAAGGGUAGGAUAUUAUGUGUAUUUUUAGGGGGACAAACACACUUUCUACCCCUUUUUAGUUUCUGUUCCACUUUGUUCCUCCAGCUUCUUUCUAUCAUUAUCAUUUCCCUCCCACCCCCCGAGUCAGAGGCCCCUCUAACAACUGUUGGGGGCUGUCCAAGACGCUAGCAGCUUCCCAGUCCUGAAGAGGUCCUUGGCCGGCGCAGCCCGUUUGGGCUGCUCCUGCUCCUCUGCCAAGAGGGGGCCAGCUUCCAGCACCAGAGCCAGGGGGACAAAGCCCUCCACUGGUGCUUGCAACUCUGACGUUUAAUGCAGUAUCCUGUUGCCACUGGCACAGAGGACUGGCCUGCAACUCAGAGAAGCCAGUGUGGUAGAGUGGUUAGAGCUUCACAGUAGGACCUGGGAGACCGGGGUUUAAAUCUCCACUCAAUGCAAUUAUUAUUAAUAAUAAUAAUCCAAAAAACAUUAAGAUUUGGCAGCGGAAUUCUACUCUUUGAGGCCAAAAUGUGUUCAUGGUUGCUUUUUGAAAGGAAACUCUCCCAUCCCACAAUAGAAUUCUGAAUAUCUCCAUAAGAACAAAAUAAUAGCUUGCAGGAUCAGGUCAGUGGCCCAUCUAGUCCACUAUCCUGUUCUCACAGUGGCCAACCAGAUGCCUGUGGGAAACCCGGAAGCUGGGCCUGAGGACAAGAGCACUCUCCCUUCUUGUGGUUUCCAGCAACUGGUAUUUGGAAGUAUUGCUGCCUCCACUAGCCAUUGAUAGCUGUCUCCUCCCUGAAUUUAUUGAAUCCUCCGGUGUGGAGAGAAGCCCAAGACUUGGCUCUACCAGAAUUUCAAAUGUUUCUAGUCACCUCCUGCUGUUAUGUAAAACUAGGCCAAGAAGAAGUCUGAAAUGCAAGGUGAAGGAAAAAGUGCUUCCUUCAGUUCCAGAAUGCAAAUGAUUUUAUUUUUAUUUUUUUAUUGGCUUUGUUGGUGUUGGCCGUCCAAAGGUAUUGCAAGAGUACUUAUUACAGGAAAGGGGAAAGGGUCAUAGAGGUUUUCAGGCACCAAGUACUGUAGAUAUCAGGGGCGUUUUCUGAUAACGAGUUUCCCAUCUGUCUUUGUAGAUAUGAAAAGAGAAUCUAAUUAGCAGAUAAUGUUCCUUUCUGGUGCAGAAGGGGGAAAAAACAUAAUAAGCAUCAUGAUUAGCAAGUCAUAAAAGAUGGUUGAAAUGAAACCACAGACCUCAGUCAUAUUGGUAGGCAAUAAAUCACCGCUAUCAGCACUCGACAAUUUGGGCCACUGGGCUAGAUGUUGUUUGGACAACUUUGCCUUGUGAAUUGGCCCUGUAAUCCAGGGAUGGGGAAUUUGUGGCUCUCCAGAUGUUGUUGGACUCCAGGCCCUGUCAGCCCCAGCUAGCAUAGCUAAUGACCAUGGAUGUUGGAAGUUGUCUUCCAGGCUCCCUGUCCCUAAUGUUAUCAGACAAUUGGUAACAUGAAUGUGCUUCCUGGAAAUUGUAUGAGAGCUGGAACACCCAGAUUAUCUGUGGCCCUUUCCUCCCAGAAUGACCAGCUGGUAAAUAACAGUCCUGUGAGCAUAGGAAGUUGCUGUAUAUUGUGUCAGGCUAUUGGUCCAUCUAGCCUAGCUCCCCUGGUUGUCUCUGAACUGGAUAUUGCAAGGAUUGAACUUUGGGCCUUCUUACGAGAGGCAUCCUCCAUCCCACUAAUUUGUGGUGCCUCCUGCAACAGCAGCUCCUGUCUCCUGUUUCCCCCAUCAGACUGUACUGUUCAUAAAACGAGGAGACAGGGGCUGAUAAAGUAAAGCUUUAUUAGUUUUGGAAAUGACAGAGUCAAAUAUUCCUUCACCACCCACCCCUCAAAGAAUGAUAGCCUUUCUGGAGGCAGUUUUUCCUCAACCCCGAGUGCAUAACAUUUUUAGCUGUCUAGCAGGUGAUUUCAAUUGGCUUUAAUGGAGCUUUGUGUUAAUAAAAUAAAAAAUAGCUCAUUGUUGCUCUGAGGUACAUAAUCAGGACUGCACUGUUUUGUUGACCUAUAGCCAAGGGCAACCCUUCCCUACAAGCGCUGCUAUCACAGCACAUCAAUAUUGUAUUUGAACUGUCCUUUUGGACUUUAGCAGCAAUUCUGAUUAGGCUGUAAUUGACUUCCGUGAGACUUCCUCAUUUGAAGGUUUUUAAACAUAGAUUGGAUGGCCAUCUGUCAUGGAUUCUUUAGCUGUGAGUCCUGCAUAAAGCAGGUUGGACUAAAUGACCAUUUCAAUCCCUUCCAACUCUACAGUUCUAUGAUUCUAAGUAGCCUAACUUUCCACAGAUAUUGUCCCCUGGUCUUUAUUGGGCUAUAGUGCUCAGAGUCUUAAAAAAAAAAACAACAACCAUGCUUGAAUACAAUUUCCAGAGAAAACACAUACCAGCAGAAUAUGGCAGCAUCUGCAAAAUAAUGAAAAAUCUAAGCUUUCAUUUUUGCAAAAGAGCACUGGGAGGAAACUAUAAUAAAAACAUUGGUAUCUUCUGCUAAAUGCUUUAAAAACUUUGGUGGUUGGAACAGGAAGCUUUGAACCUUCCCAUUGUCGAUACUUUCUCACUAAAGUAUAGCUCCAGAACAUUCCCUUUGGGUGACUCAUCUCUCUGGUGGGUUGCUCUCAAGGUUUUUGAUGGCAAUCCUACACGCCAGCCUUCCCCAACCUAGUGCCGUCCAAAUGUUUUGCACUGCAACUCCCAUCAGCCACAGCCAAUGGUCAAGGCUGAUGGGAGUUGUAAUCCAGCAACAUCUGAAGAGCACCAGGUUGGGGAGGACUGCUAAAUACACUUGCCUGGGAGUAAGUCCCAUUGAACUCAAGGGAGGGGGUCAUUUCUGUAGCUAUAUAUAGGACUGCACUGUUUGAAAAAGGUAUAUAUACCCCAGAGUGGCUGGGGCAACCCAGCCAGAUGGGCGGGGUAUAAAUACAAUUAUUAUUAUUAUUAUUAUUAUUAUUAUUAUUAUUAUUAUUAUUAUUAUUAUUUAGAGUUCUUAACAUGGGCUCAAACAAUUAGUCUCUGUGCAUUUCUGCACAAAAGUAAAGUAACAAUUGUGCAAAUUAAUUUAAAAGUUUUUUUGGUUAAGUGCAUACUUUCUGUAUUUAUGCACAUCUCAGAACAUUUGUUUGCUUGUCUCUGUCUCUGUGUUUCUUCACCAUACGAUUUUCAUGUUUGAAAUAAAUUGCAGGUGGAACAGCAAUGCAGCCUCCCCCAGCCUGCUGCCUUUCAGAUGUUUUAAACUACAACUCCCAGCUGUGCUGGCUGGGGCUGAUGGGAGUUGUGGUCCAAAGCAGGUUGGGAAAGCUGUUGAAAAAGAUGUGUUACCAUAGUCUUUAUUUCACGAGCGUUGCUAGGAUCCUGUCUGAACAGUAGCAGCUGCUUUUCAUUCAAUAAGAUGUGUGGAAUGCAGAAGUAGUAUUAACUGUCUGAUUGGUUUUCAACACCAUUCAUCUUCUUGUUCAUUUACUACAAACACUGUGUGGUUUAAAACAUGCUUUAGGAAGAAAUAAAACAUCAUCAGAAACAUGGAUGCAAUGUCACUCAUGCACACUUGCUCAUUCUCUCUCUCUUUCAGCAAUCCUAUUUGCCAUUGCGGUGUUUGGCCCUGCUUUCGGUUACUUGCUUGGUUCUGCAGCACUGCGGAUCUUUGUGGACUAUGGGAGGGUUGACCUGAGUGAGUAUCUGUUCUUGCUGAGGGGGUAUUGGACUCGUACACAUUCACAGGUCCAUCUUCUGAGCCACUUGAUUAUGGAAAUUGAGUCAUGGCCACACAAAGCACGCUACUGGUUCCCGGUUUUGUUUGAGGGCAGAUUCUUGGUGUGUUGCUAGGUGACAGGCAAAGACAUGACCUGACUACAUACAGUUAGAGAUUUUUCUGAUAUCCCCUACAUACCUAAAGACCAACAUCACCACAUAUUCUUAGCUGCAGAUUAAAAGUCCUAAAGCAGCAAAAGGUUUUCAGGUAUUAUUGGAAGAAUGUUAGAACCACCACCACAAAGUAGUGGUUCAAUUGCCAAAGUCGUUGCCCCGUUAAGUGACCUGAGCAUGCAGUGUGCAAUGCUGUCACUUUACCCGGUCAGGAAAGCCAGAGCUCAGAGUGGGCUGAGAGCUGGGAGCUCCAUCCCUUUUGGGUUUUUGCCAGGCCCUGAUCUGAGCAGCGUAUUUCCAUGUGCUGCCCCUUCCUCCUGAGCAGCUUCACAUGCUGCUGUCCAUAUAGUGGCCCUGAUGUUCCUGUCUGGCUUGCUAUCUCCUGUACACCUGUGACUCUGGGGGAAUAGUGAGUGACUGUGCGUGCCAGCCAGGAACUCAGGCAGCUGGUAUGAGGACCCCAGUCAUGGGGCAGAGAUGUCCAGAUCUGAUGGCCGAUCAUUUGCAGUGUGGAGAUCCACUAGAAUGGCUUCCUUUGCUCCUCACCCGAGGGAGACAUCACAUUCGGUGUCUGCUGUUGAAUCAGGGACAUUUGUUGAUGAUUGUACAUGUACAAGCACAGCAGUGAUUCAGAUCCACUUUGCACAGAUCACAUAACCAUGUUGGCAGGGAAGUAUCCUGAAUAUGUGAUGCCAUAAUGCAGGUAGAUGGAACUGUCUAUAGAAACUAGAUGGGUUUAUCUCCGUGCAUGCAAUGAACUUCAUGCACUAUUGUUGUUCUGUGGCAGAGUAUGCAGGUAAUCUGGAAUGCAGGUAAUCUGGCUAGAUAGCUUAAGGCAGGCCAUUCUCUCCAUCUUUGCUUGCCGCCGCCCCCGCCCCCCCCCCGAUCUACACCAUGGUGCUAUUUCUUGCUUCACAUAUAUUGCCUGUCAUUGGGGUGGGGCAGGGUGAUGACAGUCUGGGGCUGUUGCACCACAAAUUUGCUUUGUACGUCUGAAAGAGCACUGGACUCAGAAGAUUGCUGCCUUAGGGUUGAUCACUAUUUCUACCUGUUCUCUCCAGCACCCACCCACCAUGCAACAGAGGCUUUCUUCCUAUAUCCGUGUCUCUGUGCUAAAGAAUUCUCCUGCAUUGCUUCCAGGCAAUCAGAGAUAACAGAAUGAUACCUUGUGGAAGAUAAAGAAAAUAAGUGAGAAGAGAGGAUGGAAAUGACAGCGGCUUUCUUUUGCAUGUAGACAGGCAGCUUUAAUUACCCCUUUGUGGCCACCGCUUGAUGAUGUCGCCCAGUCUUGAGUGGGCCAGUCACGUCCAGGGAAGCUGAGCCAUUGUUUUUGCCGGGCGUGGGCUCGUUUUUUUGCCUGCACACUCUUUAAUCCUGAAGGGCAGGAAGUCUGGGCUGAGGAGCAAAAGGCUGGAGAUGGCUGUUUAUUCCUUCCCACUCGUUAACAAUGUGGAGAGACACUUUCCAUGCCAACCCCAGUGAAGCGUGGGCUCCUUUGAGCAAGGCCUCCUGCCUGGAGGAUGUCCGCUCUCAAAGCGAAAUGACUCGGCGUCUCUUCUCCAGAGUCCCUGGAGAGCGUAGACUCCAAAAGCCAGGCUCAUUCAGAUGGCUGCUCCACGGGGAUCAGUGACUGUGCUAGUGCCUGACUCUCUGCCAGCAGAACUCUGCCCAGCCUAGGAACAAUGGGACAGCAUAGUCUUUCCAGGAAGAGGGCAGCUAACAUUUCCAGCUCCCCUGUCUGCACAGACUGCUGGGGAAACCGUUUCAGCAGGCAUUAGGCGUCUAAAAGGAAAGAGGGUUGGUUUCUCUAAUUAACUUUGUAAUCGCACAAAUGAAUUGGAUGUGCCAGCUCCUUCCUUUAACCCCAUAUCUUGGCUGUCGCCUGCUUAAAGCCUUCCCUCCCAAGAAACACCUUCCGCAGCACAGAUGCUCUUUGGUUUCCACUGUGUGUUCCUCACCAAAUGCUCGUGCUUUCUCAAACUUCAGAGGGAUUGUGAUCUGAAGUGGCAGCAACUUUCCCAAUGAAGUACAGUGGUACUUCAGGUUACAUAUGCUUCAGGUUACAUACGCUUCAGGUUACAGACUCGGCUAACCCAGAAAUAGUGCUUCAGGUUAAGAACUUUGCUUCAGGAUGAGAACAGAAAUUGUGCUCCAGGCGGCACGGCGGCAGCAGGAGGCCCCAUUAGCUAAAGUGGUGCUUCAGGUUAAGAACAAUUUCAGGUUAAGUACGGACCUCUGGAACGAAUUAAGUACUUAACCUGAGGUACCACUGUAUCAUCGGGGAGAAUAUACCCUGCCUUCACUAAAGAGACAUGUUUUCACGAACUGUAGCAGGUGUGGCCCCCCAGGUGUUGCUGAACCACAAUUCCCACCAGCCCCAGCAAAUGUGGGGAAGGAUGAAAGGAGUUGUAGUUCUGCAACAUCUGGAAGGCCACGGGUUCCCUACUCCUGAACUUACAGCUACUGGUUUUUAGAGCAGAGCUUCCUUAGGUGUUAAACCUCUCAUUUAUCCCAGUUUAGUGAAAUGGCGGAACUAUGAGUGUUGUGCCAGGCACUGAGAUCUGAAUAGCUACCAAAAAAUGUCUGUAGCCAAAAAUAAAAAGCUCCAGUAUUAAGAGACUCAAUACAGCAACAACAAAGGAGCCCAGCUCUGGUGAGGCAGCAUUGCCGCUUUUUGUAGGAAUCCUGAGCAAUAUUGGAUGUGCCCUUGAAGGUGAUUGGUCACAUGGGAAGAUGGAUCCCGCAGUCCUGGAGAUAUUUGGGGAUUAGUGAUAUCUAAAAGAACAUGAAUGAUAUUAAUUACCUACCAGACUUUUAGAAGACAUCUGAAGGCAGCCCUGUUUAGGGAAGCUUUUAAUGUUUGAUGCAUUACUGUAUUUUAAUAUUUUGUUGGAAGCCGCCCGGAGUGGCUGGGGAGGCCCAGCCAGAUGGGUGGGGUAUAAAUAAUAUAUUAUUAUUAUUAUUAUUAUUAUUAUUAUUAUUAUUAUUAUUAUUUUAUUUGAGGCACUAGGUCAGGGGAGGAGAACCUGUGGCCCUUUGGAUGUUGUCGGACUACAACUCUCAUCAUCCCUGACCAUUGGUCAUGCUGGCUGGGGCUGCUGGAAGUUGGAGUCCAGCAGCAUCUGGAGGGCCACAGGUUCCCCUUCCUGCACGGGUGAAUGAGCUAUCUUUCAUUCUCCAUGGGAACACAGUGCAGUGCAGACCACCUAAAUACAGUGGUACCUCGGGUUACAGACGCUUCAGGUUACAGACUCUGCUAACCCAGAAAUAGUACCUCAGGUUAAGAACUUUGCUUCAGGAUGAGAACAUAAAUCGUGUGGCAGCAGCAGCCCUGCCAGACAAAUCUAGAAAUGUCUCUCUGCCACUUCUUGAAACAAUCCAUUUUGUCCACAAUUUGCAAUGUUUGAAACAAAAACAACAUUCUAGGCAAUACAUUCAUUUUUAUCGCAGCGAUACGACCCAGCAGUGAAAGCUUCAAAUUUGACCAAAUUUCUAAAUCUUUUUUCACUUCAGCCCAGCAUUUUUCAUAGUUGUCUUUAAAUAGAUUCCCAUUUUUGCUGUCAUGUUAAUCCCCAGGUAUUUCACUUUCUUAACCACUGUUAAACCUGUCUCAUUCUGAAACCUCUCUCUCUCAAUCGGUGUUAAGUUUUCUCUAAAACCUUGGUUUUUAACUUAUUCAGUUUAAAUCCAGCAACCUGACCAAAUUCUUGAAUCAGUUCUAAAACCCUUUUGGUACUAGAUUCUGGCUCCUGUAACGUCAAUACUAAGUCAUCUGCAAAUGCUCUCAAUUUAUACUGUUUAGCUCCGACUUGUAUACCUUUAACCAACUGGUCCCUUCUAAUCAUAUUCAGCAAAACCUCCAGGACCGAUAUAAACAGCAAUGGGGAAAUUGGGCAACCUUGUCGUGUCCCUUUUUCUAUCUUAAAUUCUUCCGUCACCACAUUAUUUACAAUUAGUUUAGCCUUUUGUUCUGAAUAAAUUGCACUUAUACCGUUUUCAAAGCCUUGGCCUACCCCCAUCCCCUGUAGGUUCUUCUUCAUAAAACUCCAAGAGAUAUUAUCAAAAGCUUUCUCCGCGUCCACAAAUAUCAAAACUGCUUUAGUAUUUAUGUUCACUUCUAGUUUUUCCAAAAUAUCAAUUAUAUUCCUCAAAUUGUCAGACAAAUGUCUUCCCGGGAGAAAGCCCGCUUGAUCUUUAUGAAUCUCUUCCAUCAACACUUUUUUCAAUCUCUUGGCCAAAAUGUCUGCAAAAAUUUUGUAAUCCACAUUAAGUAAUGAUAUGGGGCGGUAGUUCUUAAGCUGAGUCUUUUCAGUCUCUGUUUUCGGUAUAAGUGUAAUAUACGCUUCUUUCCACGACUCUGGUGCCCUUUUCCCUUCCAAUAUUUCAUUGCAGACUUCCUUUAAAGGUUGUACUAACCACUCUUUCAAGGAUCUAUAGUAUCUAGAAGUCAGCCCAUCCGGUCCUGGAGAUUUGCCUAAUUGCAUAUUUUGAAUGGCACCUUCUACUUCCUGUUCAGAUAUUUUAUAAUUCAACAUUAAUUUACUUUCUUGAGAGAUUUUUUGUAAUCCAUUUGUCUUCAGAAAUCGAUCUAUGUCCAUUUCUUUCUGUGGCCCUUGUGUGUAUAAUUGUUUAAAGUGCCUCUGGAGACAGUUUCUAAUCUCAGUUGGGUUGUGUAUGUUCUUUCCUUCCACUUCUAAAUUUGUGAUAGUAUUUAAUUUUUGUCUUUUUUUCAUUUGCCAAGCCAACAAUUUCCCACAUUUAUUAGCUGAUUCAAAUGUUUUUGUCUCAUGUGUUUAAUUUUCCAUUCUAUUUCCUGAUUCAUCAUUUCCAUAUAUUGUACUUGAUAUAACUUUAUUUCUCUCAAAAUCUCCUGCGACUUUGGUUUUGCUCUCAAUUUCUUCUCACUUUCUUUUAUUUUCUCCAGAAUUUUAUCUUUCUUCUCAUUUUGGCUUCUCUUCUUUAUAGCAUUCUGUUGUAUCAGAAACCCUCUCAUGACCGCUUUGCUUGCGUCCCAGAUUACUCUUUUUCUACAUUAGUAUUCAUAUUUAUCUCAAAAUAGUCUCUCAAGGUUUUUUGGGCCUUUUUAUAAACUUCUUCAUCUCUGAAUAAGGUGUCAUUCAUCCUCCAUCUGAAGGAGCCAGUUGAUAUUAGUUUCAUCUCCAUCCUUACAGCAUUGUGGUCGGAGCAGGUUAUUGGACAAAUUUCUGCUUUCUUUAUCUUUGGUGCCAUUCCUCUAGUCACCCAUAUUUGGUCGAUUCUAGUCCAUGUCAUCUUGGCUUCAGAAAAGAAGGUUCCCUCUCUUCCCAAGGGAUUCUUUGUUCUCCAAGUAUCAACUAAGUCCAAGUUGUCUGUCAUCUCAAAAAAUGUUUUCGGUAGUCUACCAUCCUUGGUGACCACUUGUCUUUGUGCCUUAUCCAUAUUUGUAGAUACUACUCCAUUCAUAUCCCCCAUCAAAAUCAGAUUGUAAUCCAAAUAGUCCAUUAAGGUCUCAUGCAACUUUUUAAAGAAUUCAGAUUUCCCCUCAUUCGGUGCAUAAAUUCCUACUAUCAAAAAUUUCUCUCCUUGAACUUGAAUUUCAAUUGCCACAAAUCUUCCUUGAUCGUCUUUAAAAAUGAAUUUCGGUGAUAGUCUCUCCUUUGCAUAAAUCACUACUCCUCUUUUUUUAACUUUAUCAGAUGAAAUAAACUCCUGUCCCAAUCUCUUGUUAAUCAAUACUUUCCUGUGUAGCCUUAUCACGUGUGUUUCCUGUAGGCAAAUCAAGUCCAAUUGUUCCUUUUUUAGUAAAUGAAAAACACUUUUCCUUUUCCGAGGAGAAUUGAGGCCAUUACAAUUCCAGCUUAAUAGUUGCAGAGCCAUGAUGGGGUUACUUCGCUUUACCUCCAACUGCGCCAAGUGUUUGUUCUUGUUCUGUCGGUGGUGUCACUUUCUCUGAACCAUGCAAUCCAAAAGAUAAGUUUGCUAUAUCUAUUAUUCCUCUUUCCGGUGCUUUUGGCUCUUCUCCAGAUUCCACUUCUUUCUGUAGAUCUUCUCCGUGGUCUUUCAAGAAUCUAUCUUUGUCAUUGACUGAUCUUAUUUUUAUCUUUCUUCCUUUAUAUUUAAAGGACAGGCCUUGAGGGAAUUCCCACCUAAAGAUGAUUCUAUUACUUCUCAGCAGGGCAACCAGAUCUCCGUAAUUAAGCCUUAAGUCCAAAAGAUGUUUUGGAAUGUCCUUAAAUAUCUCCACACUUGACUCAUAUAUUUCCAGAGUCUUUUGGUAAUGCAGAUUCAAGAUUUUGUCUCUCUCCUCUUUUGUUCGAAGGGUAAUCAAACAGUCUCUCACCUUGUUCUUCCUUCCUCCUCUUCCAAGUCUAAAUGCGCUCACUAUCUUAAAUUCUUCCUUCCCCAAAUCCUGUUGCCAGAAGUCUGCAAAUUCCUGCGUAAGAAAGUCAGUCAAGUUAUCUUUCUCAAGUUCUGGUACAGCCCUGAUUCUCAAAUUUCUUUGUUUCUCCUUCAAUUCAAUCAUAGACAACGUCAAACCGUGGUCCUCGAGUUGCCUAUAUAUCGGUGGUAUCUUCUCUUGAGUAGCAGUUGCUAUGUCUUUUGCUUCUUCGGCUGUCUUUCGGGUCAAAGCAGAUUCCUGUAACAAUUUCUCAAUAGUCUCUGUAUUGGUAUUCACCUUCUGUCCCAAAUUAUUAAUACUUGUAGUAUUUUGGUCAAUUUUAACUGAUGCUUCGGCUACUUGUUUAUUUGUUUCAGCUACUUGUUUGGUUAAAUUUUCCAAAGAUUCAUUAAUUUUUCCUAGUGCCAGAGCCAAAACAUCUUCAGACGACAUUACUUUUGGUUUAGCUUGUGGGGGUGCAGCCCCUGAUAAUCCAGAUGGUCCAGAAGGACCAGAUGUUGAAGCUCUUCGCUGCGACGCAGUAUCUGUCCGAUAGGGUCUGCCAGACCUAGUAGUUUUUUCCUGAAUCAGCUCUAACUUUCCUCUUCCAUCUGCCAUAACACUCUCAUAGAAGUCCAAGGUCAGUCCCACGGUUAGAAUUUGUUUUGAAAUGGAAAAUUCCCCUAGCCCAGUUGUUAUUGUAGCAAUGUCAAGCCUCCUCUAGGGGGACACAGUAACAAUCAAAGCUUGCAACUUAAAAGAAAAAAGUAGUCCUUAUAAAUCCCCCAAUUCACAAAAAAAAGCAGUUUCAAUUGCACUUAAUCAGUUACUUUAAAGCCAGGAGAAGUCCAGAAACACUGUAUCUCUCUUGCAGAGUUAGCUGUCAAAAGUACUCUGUUUACCGAUAGUGCUUUUCACAGAGCGGCAUUCCUUGUCUCAGGGCAGUCCGUUCCCAGGCUCUAAGCGGUGGAUUUUAGCUUCCUUUCCCUCUUUUUUUGCAGAUAAAUACAGUUCAAACCUUUCCCCCCUCCUCUCCUGCAAUCCGGAGGGGAGAUCGCUUUUCUGAUGUUAGGAUUUAAGUCUUUAUUCAAACAUCUUUCAAAGUUUCCGCUUACAGUCUCUUUGCUUUGAUCUGUUUACAAGAAAGGAAGGCGGACUUCCUGUUUAUGCCUUCCCACUUCGGUGCCGAAUUAAAUUAUUUUUCCCUUCAAAUCCAAUUUUAUCCUACUCACGGGUAGUUGUUUUAGAAGUCAAAUUGUCCCAGGAAAAAGUCAGCGCUCUCCGAUAACGGCUGUGCGGCUUCACUCCGCGGAAGAAGCAGUCAACUCUCAGCACCGCGCCGCUCACCCCGUCUCGCUCCGGAACCCCUAAAAGGGUCCCUUCGCAGUUUGGGGGGGGCGCAAAAGGUGCCCGCCGAGUCCCCACGUUCACAGGCUUCACCCGCCUGUGAUUUUUAAAGGGUCCCCGCUUCGCCGCAGCGGUCCGACCCGAUCCCGCGGAGCUGGUCCCUCAGAAACUCAGAGGGAAUCCGCCAUUACCGAUGGCGCCAACCCGGAAGUCCCAGACCGAAUUAAGUUCUUAACCCAAUGUACCACUGUACCAGAAAGUAGACUCACGAAGCUCUUUUUUAAUUUCUCCAUCUCUUUUCAGAGGAUGUGCAGUUGGUCCCAGGAGACCAGCGCUGGAUUGGAGCCUGGUGGCUGGGACUCCUCAUUGCCUCGGGCUGCUUGGUGCUCACGUCCAUUCCCUAUUUCUUCUUCCCCCGGUAUAUGCUCAAAGGGAGGGUAAGUGUCUCUGCUGGUGGUGAAGAGAAGGGCAACCCUUUCCAACUACAGCUGUUGAGAGCCAAGAGGCAGCAGGGCUUUUCCAAAGUGAUAGGUGAACCCUUGCAAGGGAAAAAUUCCUAUGAGGAACCUCUGUUGUUCCAGAGGGGAAGUCUAUUUGGCCCACUGGGAAGAUGAAGAAGGCAGGGCCGUCCUGGAUUUGGCCUGUAUUUUUCUAUUUUAAACCAUUUUCCUAUUUGCCUGCUUCUUAGGUAGCAGCUUGCUUAAGCAAGAACUCUUGUCUCGUCCCCUAUUUCUGUACAUCAGUUUUCUGAUUUAUUAAUUUGGGCUCCGUAGGUGCUACAAUAGUCACUAUGAAGAAAAGCCUGCCUGCAUGGAUUUGGCCUGCAUGACUUCCAGUGUAGGAUCUGUACUCUGCAAUCACAUUAUUCCACUGGGCAGAGCCUCUUGCUGUUGAUAGAAGCAUAACACCUUAAAUGCCUGUCUCACCAACAGUAUAUACACAGGGGAUAUGCUGAGAGUGGACCUCAAAACAAUCAAGGCUGGAGCAUUUGGGCAGAGAGGUUUAUUACCUUAUUCUAGCCUACCUUGUGUCUGAAGAAUGAGCAACCUAUUGAAAUGAAAAAACUCUGUUUAGGGGUGCCAUUCCAUGGCAAGGAAGGCAGCAUGUAAAUACUCCGUGCGUGUGUGUGUGUGUGUGUGUGUGUGUGUGUGUUUAAAGCCAUUAACAAAGAUGUUGGAAAUACUAUCAAGCAUCCCAGUGUUAGUCUUUGUCUUGCAUAUUCAGUAUAGCUCUGAGUCCUUUCCUUACUUUGAAAUACAGUAAGAGGGGAGAAAUAUGCAUCCUCAUCUUAAUCUCAUAUGAAGGCUUUUAUAGUGUGUGUGUGUGUGUGUGUGUGUGUGUGUGUGUGUGUUUUCCCUUUUCUGUUAUUACCCUUCAUGGCACCAGGAGAGCAGUUAAUCAUAGAACUGUAGAGUUCAAGGGACCACGAGGGCCAUCUAGUCCAACCCCCUGCAAUGCAGGAAUCUUUUGCCCAAUGUGGGGCUUGAACCCCUGACUCUGAGAUUAAGAGUCUCAUGCUCUCUACCAGAUGAGCUUUUUCAGUAUCCCUCUCUGUAGGUGGACAUAGCAGGCACCCCAAGCAGAGGGUGAUGGUACAAAAAGUAGCUCAAAAGCCGCCCCUAAAGUUUUCCAAUCACUUUGUAAAUCAAGAGGCAAAAGUUCUGCCAUAGCUUCCCUUCGUAUUCAUCAAGUCAGUGUUCAAAAUGGGGGUAAAGGUUCCAGCCUUGGCAAUAGCCAAAUCAAAGAAAGCUAUAUGGAAGCAGGUGGAAGGUCGUUUGUAUUGUGGGCAAGGUCAGUUUUUUUCCAGAUGAGCCUGCCUUUUUUGUUUGUUUCUUGCCUCAGUCUUUUUUGCUGUCGCUGUUAUGCUCAGAGAAGAACACGCACACACCUCACAAUUAUUUCUCUUUUGCUGGGCCUGCUCCCAGGAUCCGCACCCUGCUUCAUGCUUGCUCUGCAUGCUCAGGACCUUGUUUCCUGGGGACAAAACGAACCAUCACCCUCCUGUUCACACACAAAAACCAUUCUCUUUGCUUCUGUCCCAGCAGGCGGAAUAUGAGGUGGACGUCCUGAAGAAGAUUGAGAAGGCCAAGGCAGAGGAAGGAUCACUGGUAGAAUUCACCAAAAGUAAAGGCUUUUCUUACCAACUUUCAGCUUUCAGGCUACACUGCAAAAAAGGAACUGUUUAGAAAUACAAGAUCCCUUAGCACCCACACCUGUAUCCUUAUCUUAGCUAGCAGCUGUGUAUGAUUUUGUUAUUUUGAUGUUCUCCUGAAAGGCUUCUUGGCUGCAGCCUCUGCUGCUUUUGUGCAAAGCUCAUCAGUUUAGCUACAUAUGACCAUGCUGCAUAUUACAAGAAGGAAGAAUCAAAGAACCUUUCUGGAGCAAGCCCAGGCCCUAUCUAGUCCAGCCUCCCGUUUGGCAGUGGCCUGCCAGCUGCUUCUGAGAAGCCCCUAAACAGGACAUAAGGUUAUUCUCCAACAACUGAAAUUUCAGAGGCAUGUAGCCUCUGGACGGGGACACAGACCAUAGACAUAAUGAUUUGUAGCCAUUGAUAGCACUCUCUUUUUACAAAAGAUAUUGUUAAUGUAAACCCACCGCAGUCUGUUUUUGAUAUUGUAACCUUUCCCUUAAGCAUUUAGCAGAAGGCCAGUUAAGAACCUAAAUCAGUCCAGCCAAGGCAUCACUGACUUUAGAAACAGAAGCCAGGUUUGACAUGCCUUAAUAGUCUGGCCCAAUGGGAAUAGAAUUCCACGGGACUUUUUGGUGUAACUAACAUUUAUGAUAGGGUACGAUAUGUGACAACAAAGGAAAGGGCCUCCUAGGUACUGACAUCCUGUCUAUUGAAUGCUGUUCCCUACAAAGCAGGGAUGGGGAGCCUGUGGCUGGUGGACCACAACUCCCAUCAGCCCCAGCUAGCGUGGUCCAACAACAUUUGGAAGGCCACAGGUUCUCUAUCCCUGCUAUAGAGACUCACCUGGCACCCGACACCACAGUGCUUUUGGUGGUAGGCAGAAACUCUUUUGUACACCCAUGUAUUUUUAAAAUGUGUAUGUUUUAAGAAUCUCUUUAUUUUCCCCUUAUAGGUUUAUUGUUGUGUUUUGUGCUGCAUCUAACCAAUUUUGAACCAGCACGACCAUUUUAAAUGGAAUGAAGAGCAUGAUAAAAAGGUGUUAAAUAAAUGAGAUCGUAAGAGUGUUGUUGUUUUAAAGCAUGCUCUCUGUUGCUCAUGCAACUGGUGAGGCCCUCUGUAUGACUGACUUGUUCCCCUGUUUUUGCCUUCAGAGUUUCCCCAGGGCUUCCUGAGGCUGCUCCUCAAUCCGCUCUUCAUGUUCCUGGUUUUGGCCCAGUGCAGCUUCUCCUCCGUCAUUGCUGGCCUCUCCACCUUCCUCAACAAGUUCCUAGAGAAACAGUUUGGCACCACCUCUUCCUAUGCAAACUUCCUCAUUGGUGAGGGAAUGGCAAUGCCUCUCGACUAAUCAUGAUGUUUACUUAUUACAGCCCAAACCUUCUCAGAAUAAAGUUAUAGCCAGGUUACGUUCCUCAAGGCUUUGGAGCCAGUCCUUCUUGGUAUCAUACUAUCCGGCAGUCCAAUCUGAUUGGAGGAGGACAGGGUAGGGCAGUCAAAGGCAACUAGGCAAUCAUUGGCUACCUCUCUAUUUGUUUAUUUAUUUUUAAAAAAAUGAUAUUUAUUGGAAAAAAAUUUAAAUUACAGAGAAAAAACAAAGCAGAAAAGGGGAAAAAAGGAACAAAGAAAAAACAAACCACAUCAAACAAUACAAAUUCAAAAAACAAAAAUACGCCGCAGACAGACAAUAAUAACUCCAUCAUUCUCAAAUCCUCAACUUUCAUUACCUUCUUUCUUUGACCACCUCCUCCUCCCUUUUUGUAUCCUAGUUAAUAAUUAUCGCAGCAAAUCCUUUCCAUAUUUCAUAAUAUUCUGUCAUUACAUUACCUUAAUCUAUUUUCAUCUUAUCUUAUAGAAAACCUUAAAAACUUAAAACUUAAAUCUUAUUUUUACCGACUUCUCACAACCAUAAUAUUCUUACCUAAUUCUUUAAACAUUUUUACUAGAGCCAAGUAAUUUCAUUCCAGCAUUUUUCUAACAUUCAUCAAUUUUAUAAAACAAUCCUGGUAAUAAAAAAAAGAGAUAAAAAUAAUCGAGUCUUCCUCCAGCGUCCCUUCCUCCUGGUCCCAGGUUUUGUCAGUCCUUUUUAUCCCAUCGAUCUAGCGCAUUAACCUGGUAACCUUAUAUCCGAGGCCCUUAAAUCUCUUCCAUGUCCCUUCCGCAGCUCUUCUUCAUAUUCUCCUUUCACUCGUGGGAACUCCAGCUUGGUGAUGUUUUUGACCCUUUUCAGCAAAUCAGCCCCUUUUCCAUAGUCCAGACUCAACUCCAUGUGGUAUUUAAAAACAUGUUUCAGAAUCCCUCCAAAAUUGAGAGCCCCCACAGCUCCAAACAUCUCACGGCCCAUUGCCAGACUCGGAAAGUCCAAACAUCCCUGCGUAGGGGGGUCUAUCCAACCCCCCAUUUCCAAACCAAUCCAAACUUUAUCUUUCCAAAUCUGGCUUUUUCCAAGUUCAUUUGUCAAGUCCAAAAGCUCAUGCUCCUGCAAGGCUGCAGCUCCCUCCAUCUCUGGCGCCCAAGAUUCAGCAACAUCCUCUUCUCUCAUCUGCUCUGUCAGGACGCACUCCUGUUCUAAUUCCUGGGUGGGCUCCACAUAGUUUCCCACUGCCUGUUCAAAAAUUCUGGCCGCAUUAGUCAUCAAAUCCAUCUUCUCAUUUAACUGUUCCAGUAGGGCACUUGUUUUCCAGAGAGCACACAACAGAGCCUCUGAAUACAUUGUCCUACAAGGUCACAAGUCCAUUCCCACGAUUGUAAUCUGUGACAGCUGCAAGCUCCCUGGAAUUAGUUACAGUUUCACAGUCUCCCUCUAGGGGAGAACUUCUACUUGUUCUUGCAACAAAGUAUCCUUUUUGAGAUAUUUUGUCAAUAUUUGUUCCUUAAAAUGCGAAAGGAAACAGUGGAAUCACUAUGUUUCUCUUCCUUUAACUAUCUGUCAAAAACGUUGACAGAUAGUCCUCCAUUGGCUACCUCUCUAGUCCUUGGGCCACUCAUGGAAAGAAUGGGUGCCCUUUAACCACACCAGGCAAUGAACAUUACUCAGGAGUCAGGGCAGACUUUGGUUUGGCAGAGCUCUAAAUGUUUGUGGGUGUUGGAGUCAUGGAGUCAAAAAUAAUUUAAUUAAGGAAGUUGCUGUGGGGCCUUCUGCAGUUGGACAGUGUUUGUGUGGGCAACGGUCAAGCAUUUCCAUCUAUCCUGGUUGUGAAUCAGCUCACUGUGCUUCCCUUUUCUUUUCUUUUCUCUCUCUCUCUCUCUCUCUCUCUGUCUGUGUGUGUGUGUGUGUGUGUGUGUGUGUGUAUGUAUCUGUAUACUACACACUUACAGCUUCCUCAGUUAAGUGAUGAAGCCAAACUCUGCUUGGAUAGACCCUUUGAGAUAGGCAGGAUAAACUAGCACCCUUCUAAACAAGCUGACGGCCCUGCAGCAUGGGCAAACAGUUACAUAAUUCAAAAACGCAACAAAAGCAUUCUGAAACUAGAAGGAAACACUCCUUCUAUCUUGAAUCCUGCCUGUAACAUGGGACAAAGCUGUGCUGGAAGCAGGAGGUGUCCUCCAUCUCCUUAGAGUGGAGGCUGACCUUAUUUACCCAGAACUUUUGCGAUCGAUGCCCCCACCAUCUGCCAAGGCUAUAAUAAAAACUAGGUUGUGGGACAUUGAACGCCAGGAACUAACAGCAGCAGCAGAGAAAACAUGUUCCCCUCUUUACUUUCAACUUUCUUGGGCAUAUGAAACUAAUCACAAUUAUCUUCGAUUGCUGCUUAUCCCUCAAGAAAGAAGGGCAUUUUCACUGGCCAGGUUUAAUUCAAAUCCAUCAAACCUCCUUUGGGGAAGGUUCUCGGGAAUGGUGGAAGGAGAAAGAAUUUGCCCAUGUGAAGACCACCUGCUGAAAACUCUUACUUCUAUGGUUCUUAAAUGUUAACUAUAUGCUGAUCUCCACCAGCAGUUUCUAGAUCAACUCUGCAUCCCCAAAUGGAAACCAGAGUUGGAGGUCAUACAUUUUCUAUUACUGAGGAAUGAUCAGGAGCUCACCAAGUUAAUGGCUAAAUAUCUUUAUUUGGUUUUUUGUCGCAGAAACACAUUGCAGAUGUCUGAUCUCCCUGGAGACCUAGAGAUGUAAUGUUAGACUGUUUUGCCUCUUUUCAUCUGCGACAUUGGGGAGGUGGUAAUUCUGUACUGAUUUACUAUGGAUGUUUGUAUGUGAUGCCAAUAAAAGGUUUGAUGAUGAUGAUGAGUUACCCAGAACAAGUACACUUUUUCUGAAUUACAAACAUGAAGUCAUUGCAACUAGGCGUUACAUGCCAGAUUCAUGCAGACUCUCACAAAAAGGAUGCUUCCCUUGUAGGAAUCUCAUUGCAUGUGGAGCAGCCCCUGAGGUAGUGACCAGGACUCAGUAGGAGUACUCUGUGUUGGCCUCGCCAUGCAAAAUAGAGUGCAGUUCUAUGCCAGCUGUAAGAUUGACUUCAUGCUUUUGCUAAAAAAAUAAAGUUGCUUUCAGUUAUGAACCACUGUCUCCCAUUGCUUCCUCUCCACCCCCCCCCUCCUUUUUUUUUUGCAGGAUCUGUGAACCUUCCUGCAGCUGCCCUAGGAAUGCUGUUUGGAGGUCUUGUCAUGAAGCGUUUUGCUUUCUCCCUCAAAGCUAUCCCACGGUUUGCCAUCAGUGUGCUCCUCGUCUCCACACUUUGCUGCCUCCCUCUGUUCUUCAUGGGUUGCUCUACAGAGAAGAUAGCAGAAAUUUAUCCAGACAGGUAACACGUUCUGCUUUCCAUUAAGCACCGUGGGGUGGGGGUGGGGAAUUAGAAUUUAGUGCAGGGGUGGGGGACCUGCGGCCCUCCAAAGAUGGCUGGACCACAACUCCCAUCAGCCCCGACUAGCAUGACCAGUGAUUAGGGAUAAUGGGAGUUGGAGUCCAGCAACAUCUGGAGGGACACAGAUUCACCAUCCCUGACUUUGAGUCAUCAGCUCUAAAAUCAUGGGUGCGCAGAUUUCCCCCUUCACACUUUCCUUUGAUAAACCCCAACAAUUGCCACUGAAUCAUUUCUUCCUCCUUUCUAUUCUUUCUAUUCCCCAUGGUAUUUCAGAGAGCGGGGAAGCUGAGUGGUAGGAAAUGUUAUUGGCACAUUAAAAGAGACUGACUCCAGGUCACCUUCCAUAUAAAAGACUCUCAGGGCUUCCAAGGCUAUGGAAUUUCUCUAAUUGAGGUCUCAGAGAGCUGAUGGGGGUCAAAGUGGACAAGGUUUGUCUAAAUGGCAGCUCUCAAUAUUGUACACAUCCAAUGUGAUACUGCCCUUGGAUCGUACUUUGCACCUAGAAUGUUUCCAGUUUUCAUUCUCGUUUUCUUUUGACUGGCUUUUUUCAUCUUUGUUCCGCUUUGGGUGUUCAAUGGUGGGUCCCCCCCCCCUUUUUUACUGGUAAGACUCAGCUCAGGUUGAUUCCUCCAGGCAUCAAAUGUUUUCCCACCCAGGUACGUGAGUGUUUUGUCUGCAUGUGCGUGUGAGUAAUAAUUACGACCGAGUUCACUGAAAAACCUUAGACGUAUCUUGGGUGGGUAAGUCCUAGGCAGGAGGCCAGACUUCCAAGUGGCAAGAACUCAACAAUAACAGACUGGAAAACAAAGGUUAAUCACCCAAUGCAUUUUUUUAAAAAAGUAUCUUUCACCCAUCUUCUUUAAUUUCAUUUUAUUUUGCCUCUCUUUUUCUGGCAGGACAUCAAGUUCCCCAGGACAGGCUCAAUGCAACAGGAUGUGCUCCUGCUCAGACUAUCUCUUCCACCCAGUCUGUGGAGAUGAUGGCGUGGAGUACCUUUCUCCCUGCCACGCUGGUUGUACUGGUUUAUUCAGUAAUUCUUCCACAUCCAGUGUUAAGGUACGUAGUAGUACUGAUGGAAAACUCCAGGGGCUGGUAAGAGGAUCUGGAAUACUGAAUGUCCGCUCAUCUUAAUGGCCUCAAAUCUAAAUACAGUGGUACCUUGGUUUACAACCAUAAUCCAUUCCAGAGGUCCAGUUGUAAACCAAAACAGGUUGUAACCCAAAGCACACUUUCACCAAUGCGGCCUCCACCCCCAAAUUGGUUGUAAUCCCAAAAAAUGGGUUGUAAUCCAAAAAAAGGGGGACACACUUCCGGGUUUGACGUGGUUGUAAUCCAAAACAGUUGUAAUCCAAAGCGGUUGCAAACCAAGGUACCACUGUAGUGCUCAACAUACAGAGGUGUUGCUAGAGCUUUGGGCUCCUGAGCCAUUGAGUUAUACUCAGUAUCGACUCCAGUAGGCCUAACUGUUUAAAAUAGUGACUUAGCGGGGAAUCCAUUGCUCUGUUGGAGAACACAUGCUCCGCAGGUUCAAUUCCAGACAUCCCCAAUAAAGCAGCAUCUUGGGAAAAGCUGUGUCUGAGAAUUUGAAGCGCUUCUGCCAUUCAAAGUUGAUAACAGAGUGGGUAAAUGGACCACUGGUUCAUUUGAUUGCUCCACUAGUAAGAUGCUCUGGUACUACAUGGUCUUCCAAACACAAUCCAGGUUUUAACCUAUAAUGGCUCAUGCCCUACAUCUUCAAGAGGAAGCCUGAUGUGGUGGUAACCCCAGUACUUAAGAUCACCCUAAAGGGCCCUCUUAAUAAUAUCACCAGUAUAUCAUUGACAUGUCACAUAUACAGCCAAAAUAUGAGCAUCUGUUGGAAGCCUCUUAUGUUCCUUGUCUCAUUUGCUGCAUUGCUUACCUGCCUGUGUCACAACAUUUUCUACGUGAUGUUUGUAGUUGUUGCUGUUCUUGUGACCUAGGCUGAACCAAUUUGGAUCAAGUAUUAGCAAGAGUACUUUUUUUCAUCUCUCCAUUUACCUGUGUGCCCAUAUUCAAAGUAUUGAGAACUGCCAUAAGCUCUCAGAGGAUUAGAUCACAAGUUUUCAAAUCACACAUUUCAUUUUUAAAAGCACUGUAUGAAUUCUCAGUCACAUUAGUGCAGUACUGCCUUCCUUCCCCAAGCGUAUUCCCACACUCCCCUGACGACCAAAUUGCUGCUCUGAUUGACAGCGGCUUUCCAGGCAGAUGGUUUUCACAUUGCCAGCUACCCAAGCCUUUUAAUUGGAGACGUCAGGAAUUGAAACCUGUGUCCUUCUGCUUGCAAAGAUCCUCUGCUCCAGCACCGGACCUGGUGGUCCCUCCCUGAACAUAAUGGAUUCCCAGAAAUGAAGUUGACUUUCUCCUCUGCUAUUCCAAUCAGAUCUACACAAACUGCUCCUGUAUCAAAACCAGCAAUGGCCAGUCCUCAGCAAAGACUGGUUCCUGCCCAAUCCGUUGUGCUUCUUUGCUGCUGCCUGUUAUUUUCCUCAUCUCCUUUGCUGCCUUGGUUGCCUGCCUGUGUCACAACCCUCUCUACAUGAUGGUGCUAAGGUAAGUAGGCACAGUAGGGCAGAGUAGGGGGAAAGAAAUUCACAUUAACUCUUCCAAUUCACAUAUCAUGCAUGCAUCAAUAUGCAAACCAAAAGAUAGCUCUCCUUCAGAAUCCACACCUUUGAGUUUUGCAGUGCAGUUUGCCAUCUAAAGAAUGCAUAUGAAAAUGCAGGUAACUGUGAAAAUAGUGCACAAAUGUCCAUUCUUUUGCUGCAAAAAAAAUAAAUAAAUGCUUGUGCUAGGCAAAAUUGUGUGUAAAUGCAAAUAUUAGGAGAAAUGUGGGUGAAUUUUCAUGUGAAUAAAAAAAAAUCAUACACACAUGGAAACUGGAUGAAUUAAAUUCAAGACUGGAAAAAAUAGAAAGUGAAAUUAACAGAGCCAUCCAUUUCUAACUUAGGGCCAGAGCACAUUUCACUACACAAGAAGAUAACCUCUGCAAGACUUACCUGUAAUUUAGGGGAUCCACAGGCUUUUAUAUUUAUUUGUUCUCAUAUAUUCCCCAACUUUCUCAUCAUAAAUGGUGACUCACAGGUACAAAAAAAGAGGAUUUUAUAUGUUGUGGUCUUGUUUGUGAACCGCCCUGAGACAUCCGGUUAUAGGGCGGUGUAUAAAAAAUAAUAAUAAUUAAGGAAUAAAUGUCCCAGAAGCACAAAAUAUUAGUCAAUUGCUCGUAACAUCACUAAAGUGGAAGAAAAUCUGCAGUUCCACAUUGCUGUUUGAAUAUGUUUUAAUAAGGAAGGUUAGCCUUCAGCUGGCCUCAGAAUGUUUUACCUGCCACCACAUGACCAGGAUCUGAUUUAUGGCCAGUGGACAGGACAUUUUCAGCUUUACUGCAUGAAAGAUCGGGCCGCUUUGAACCUUGCUGCAUUGUGUCAUGAACCCACAAAACAUCAUCAGGCUUCUUAACUUUCUCCCAGAGCAAUACCAACUAGCUUUUGAGCCAAAAGUAUCUCAUAUACUGUGUUUUUAUCCUACUCAGGGUGGUGAAUCCUGAUGAAAAGUCAUUUGCCAUUGGAGUCCAGUUCCUGUUGAUGAGAUUGCUAGGUGAGUGUCUACCAGGACCUGCAAUACUAAUAAAUAUGAACAGUCAGAAGUAAAUCCUGCUGUGCUCAAUGGGGCAAUCUAUGACCUUUUAAACUGUGUGUGUGGGAAUGAAUGGGAAAUAUUUAUUGCAUAUACAUCAAAGCAUUGUAUACAGGCUGAUACAUCAGCAGGAUUCUAAAUAACAUUUGCAAUAUUUUAACGGAAGAUAGAAUUAGAUACAAAUAGAUGGAAAAUUUAAUUUGUACAUGCAUGAAUUAAUAAUAAAAAUAAUGGAACCAUGGAGAGGGCAGGGAAGAAAAGGGAGUUGGAAAUCCCACAUUUCAAUGUAUUGAUUAUAUAAAAAGUAUAAAAAAGGUUACAGUUGUAUUUAAACUUUUCUUUUCAAUGUUUAAGUUUAUAUGAUGUUUGUUAUUAUUAAGAAUUGAUAAAAAUAUUUUUAAAAAUAAUGAACUCUGUGUGUGUGUGUGUGUGUGUGUGUUAUGGUGUUAUGUAUUUUUGUGUUUUUAUGUUGCAAACCACCCUGUGGUCCUCAGAUGAAGGGUGGUAUAGAAAUAAUAAUAAUAAUAGCCAGAGCUAACUGUGAGAGAUGCACCUUUUGGUCCUCACCCUUUUUCUUUCUUUUGAAGCCUGGCUGCCAGCUCCUGCCCUCUUUGGCUUCCUCAUCGACUCCUCGUGCAUCUGGUGGAGGAAACAGUGCAACAAGAGCGGAUCUUGCACGUACUACGACAAUAACUUCCUCCGCAGCAGGUAACCCACCUGUAUAGUUUAUCUCCCAGGAGAUGCAAAAAACCUGAUGUGCGGAAAAUCAUCUCCCGGCAGUGCAGAGCAGAUGCAAAACUGGGGCCAAGUUAUAUGUUACGUUAGCUCCGCAUCUAUGCCCAUUAAGUUCAGUCCCCAACCCCCAACCCCACACAAAUUGCCAGUGCAGACAGAUAUGCUUUGGCUAGGAGUUUUUUCCUAAUGCAAAUUGCUGGCACGAGGGUGUUCAAGUCCUCCACCCUCAAAGCUAGACUCCUCUUCCAAAUCCCUCCACCACCCCCUGCCAUGCUUGGCAGUUCGUGUUCGGAAAGCCACCUGCACUUAGGGCAUAGAUCUCAAGCUGAAGCAUUGUCUAUUUUAACCCUUAGGAAUUAAUAGGGCUGAAGGGUCAGCAAGGCAGCUCCCUGCUUGUAAUGUGGCUUUGUUUAUGUUGGAGCCCAUGGCUGCAGUUAUCCCUGCUGACAGCUGUUUGUCAGGCUUGCUUGGUUGCUGCCUGAAUCCUCUCCACCCUGCACUCCGAUUCUUGCUCUCUUAACCUACGUGUGCAGCUGCAUCAUGCUGAGCCUUGAGGCUGUGAUUUAGAAAGAAAAACUCCCUGCUGAACCUGAGAAUUACGGAAUGUAUUGUUUUCAUGGGAGACCCAAUUAUCCGAGCUCCUGAGGCCAUCAAUACGUGAACACAUCUUGGCAUCCUCUACGCGGUUCUUGGUUUUUUUCUUUAAAAAAAUAAAAUCCUUUUGGAAAGACUUACAUGACUCAGGUCUACGGACCAGACUAGAGCACCAGGAAUUCCCCCUGAGCCUACGCCCUAGGAACCCUGCAGUCAUUCCCUUUCCUUAGAAGAGAAAUUUCCAUAUCAGUGCCUAAGAGAGGACCCCUUCACCCAGAGGAAUGUUGCAAAGGCCUUUCUCUUGGAUAGAUGGGUGUUUGCCAACAACAAAGUAGGAUUUGCACAUACGCGCCACUGACACCCAGUGGCAUGGGAGAGCUGCCUCUGCUGAAAAUAAUAAUUUGAAGCGGUGCCAGGCAAUAAUGAAGCUCUUCCUGUUGUGACCUCCCCCCCCCCUUUUAUUUUAUUUUAUUUUAUUUUGAGGCUAGGAAGUCUGGCUCCAAGAUUUAAACUGGAGGAGAAGGGAUUUCUCUCCACAAUCCCCAGACUUCCUGCUUUCAUCAUGGGUGCCAUGCUCCUGCAGGGCUCUGACAUCUGCAAACCUGCCCAAGCAAAAGUAAUUUUUAAAAAGGCGCACACACACACAAAAUGGGGAACUUGACUUUAGCAUAGAGAAAGCAAAGAUUGAAUGUGCUUCAUUGGACAGCCCCAGUCAGCUGUUCUCUGCUGUUGGUGCUUAAAGGGCAAAGGUGUGCAACUCCCCACCUCGCUACUGCCCUCCAUAAAGGAGAACACACCCAGUGCCAGAAACUGCCUUUUCAUGCAACUGCAUGCAUGUGUGAAUUUAUCUGAAGUUUUCUAGAAUGCAACUUAGCAGUCUGGGUACUUAUUCUACUAAGUCUACUUAGUCUACUUAGUCCCUAUUACCAUUCCACUUGCGUCCCUGAGGACUCGGUCUGUUUCUGGUUGCUUUUCUAAAACAGAAGGUUGCUUUCAUCUCAAGGUCUGUUCCAUUCAAGUUUCACUGUGUCCGCCUCCUGCUUCUCUUUUCUCUUUGGCACAGAUACCUAGGCCUCCAAGUGGGUUACAAAAUCAUUGGCAUCCUUCUCUUAACCGUAAUCGGCUGGAGGGUGACGAAGAACAAGGAAUACAACGUGCAAGACAAAGCUGCUGGCCUAGUAUAG